AAAUCUUAAUUGCCAAACUGAUUUUUUUUAAAUUUGUUGUAUUUUUAUCAGAUUUUUUUUUUUUUUUAAUAUAUAUAUAUAUUUUUUUAUUGAUAUUAUUAUUUAUUACUUGGGAGGGCUAUAUCUUAAGCUGAGGAAGCCGGCCAAAUUAACAGGACAUUGAUAAGGAAAGAGGAAAAUCCAGGUGGGUGCGUUGGACUUUUUUUUUUUUUGUGAAACUUAUCUGGAAGGGAAACAUUUUCUUGUUUAGAAUGGAUAAAAGGAGCUUGUCCUUGGAAAACGGCAGCUAUAAAGUUACAGUGGAUGAAAAAAAUGGACAGUUGAUACCGAACGGGAAGGGACACGAAGCAGAUCUGUGCUGUAAUGGAUCAACCAAAGGAGGCAUCGUUUUCAACCCCAAUGGCAGGGAAGGUGUCCCUGAGAGAGAGACUUGGACUCGGCAGAUGGAUUUUAUCAUGUCCUGCGUGGGGUUUGCAGUUGGACUUGGAAACGUUUGGCGAUUUCCAUACCUGUGCUACAAGAAUGGAGGAGGUGAGAUUUACUUAAAAAAAAGUAUAAUUUAAUAACAAAUUAGAAAAUAAUUACCCGUCACUCACAGUUUGUGACUUGCAUGCAUUGAUUUUUAUGAUCGAGACGUAUAUGUAUGUGUGGGUGUGUAUACAUAUAUUUGCAUAUACAUUUUGUAUACCUAUAUACAUUUAUUUGUGAGUGUAUUGUUUUUUUGGAUUUCAGUUCCGUAAAUUUCUCAGUAUGAAGCACCUUUGCCUAGAGGCAGUGCCUUGCAUGUAAUACCUUUUCAUUCAUUUCCAAUAUUAGUGCAAUUCAUCCUUUGCUUUCGUUCUUUCGAACCGCUUGUGCUAAAAAUAUUAGACUUUAUAAAGGCACGGAGUUAGUCUUUGCCGUUUCGAAUUGUGAUUGGAUGCGUUGAUUGCUGUGUCUAGGAUGUCACUCGAUCCUUUGACCUUUCAGUGUUACAGAGAUGUGCAUUACAGUACUUAAGCCCUCUGAUACUGAAAAGGUGAAUGGGAUGUAGAUUUAAAGAGCACACUUAGUUUCAGGAUGGGCGUGGGCACACUAUGGCUUAAUCAAGUGGUAACGCCUGGGUGGCUCAGCAAAUCCAUGUAAUGACGUCACUGGACUUUGGUGCAGAAGACCUGCAGUACCCGGGCAUCAACCAUGCUAAGGUUAAAUUUAGGAACACGCUGCUUAUUAAUAAAGGCUAUUACUAUGCCACGAAACUCAGUUAUAUGCCUCAUCACUCACCUGGCAUACAGGGACUGUUACAGGUAAGUAGGCUCCCGUGCAAGACAAAGUACUAUUUUUCAUAAUAAGAAAAAGGCAUUUUUUUUAGGAAAAAUUCUACAUCAUUCUUAAAUUUAGCAUAUUCACUGUUCUCCUUCAUAGGCAUGCGCAGCACGCUACAUUAGACUGAGUACCAAGAGAACACUACCAUCUAAACUUUACUUAAAAAUGAUAACUUUGAAAAGUAGCUGAAAAAUAAAAUUUUACGCAAGAUACAGAGAUAGUCUAAAUUUGUCAAGUACAGAAGCAAAGAAAAGUACCUAUUGUGACCAAAAUAGGCCAAAGGAAGGGCAAUAAGGCCCUAAAUUAGGGUGUGAAUAAUAUGUAUUAUCAUUUUGAUACCCUAUUUUGUUGGUAUUUUUGUUUUGUUCUCUAAACCCAACCACUAAAUGGACAAAAUAAAAUUCUCUGCAGUCAGAUCUCGGAAUGCAAGAAACACAGUUAUAGUUUAAUAGCUUCCGCCUAAGUGAUUCUGACUGUUAAAUCUAAGUAGGACAAACUGCAUUAUCUCUCUACAAAGAUCAACUGUAAUAACAUAUGGUAGUUACAAAUUUUAACACCAUGAAUGGCUCAGCAUCAUUGUAGUGAAAACAUAGACGUAAUUUAAAACCAUAGAAAACUCUUCCAUUGUCCUCUUAAUGCUAGCACGUUUUCUUAUUUUGUUUGUAAUGCCUACUCUCUUAUUUAUAGCAUAGUAUGGUAAGUGAUAAAUGUAAGUGACCACGCCAGGUUUUAAACCCUCGUGGCACAAAAACAUUUUUUUGGGGAGGAAUUUAUUAUUUAGGCCAGAGGUGCCCAAAAGGUAGAUCUUUAGAUGUUGUAGAACUACAUCUCCCAUGAUGCUUUGCAUGCCUUUAGAAUGACAAAGUAUCAUGGAAGUUGUAGUUUUAAAACAUCUAGGUAUCUACCUUUUGGGCACCCCUAAAUUAUGUGUUCUGCUGCAAAAAGUAGUGCAACAUUUGAACAGGCACUAAAGGCACUUCCUGUGGCUAGGAGACUUUUGGUGACCUAACUGACGCUGGACGUCCUCACGCUCUUCAUGAGGUCAUUCAGUAUCGGUAAAAUUAAUGCUUUGCUAUGGGGAGGGCCUAAUGCGCUUGCGGCACUCGCAAUGCAUGCGCAUUAACCCCCCUGUCGGUUGACGUCAGAGGUGGCAGAACAUUGCUGGAAUUGGGUAAUUAACCCUAUCCAUGCUGAGUGGAGGGUGGGGUGCAAGGAAGGGGAGUGUGGGGGGGGAGGGGGGUGAGGGGGUUCUGGCUGAUUGAACUAUAGUGUAAGGAAUGCAACUUUGUAUUUCUUACUCUAUAAAAUCCCUUUAAUGAUGGGUUUUCAACUAAUGUUCCUUGACAGGUUAUCAAAUGCCCACAGAGUGGUCAUCAAAUUGUGUAUAUCAAUAAGCAAGACUUCAAACUGUGUACUCUGCAUAGAAAUCUUGCUAAUAAAGUUAUUGAAAGAGACACUGGAUGCGCCCUAACUGCUACAGCUUUAUGUGGUGGAUAUGGUGCUAGGAGUAUUCACGGCUGCUUCUGUUAUUCAUGUAUUAGUAAGGACCAGUGGCGUCACAAGGGGAGUGCGGACCACACCAGGGCGUGCAUCACGGGUGUGGGGGAGGGUGACAUCACCGACACCAACAGGGCCGGCGCGUCCAUAAGGCGGCACAAGCGGCUGCCUUAGGGCGCACCGGCCCAGGGGGUGCUAAAUUGGAGUAACCGGCAGGAGAUGGGCGCGCAGCACUCCCUCCAGCCAGUCACUCAGUCAGUGUAGCGUGGCCGAGCAGAGGAGACCUCUGUACAGGAACUUCUGUUUCCUGUAUCUGGCCGACUGAAAGGAAGUGCUCACUGAAAGAGCACUUCCUGUCAGUCCGGACGGGCACAGGAAACUGAAACUCCUGUACCGCGGUCUGCUCCGCAUGACCACGCUACAAGAAAGGUAGGAGACACACCGGGGACGUGGGGAAGAAACACUACGGGACAGGUAAGAAAAAACAGUAUGGGACAGGGGAGGGGGGAGAAAGAACACUAUGGGACAAGAGGGGGGAGAAAGAAUACUAUGGGACAGUGGAGGGAGAUAAAGAACACUAUGGGACAGGGGAGGGGGACAUUAAGGGGGGCACUAAGGUACAGUGGAGGGAAGGGAAAAGGAACACAGGUAGGGGGGGACCACUAAAAGAGAAGGGAGAGGAACACUAGGAGGGGAGGGAGAAACAUUAAUGGGAAUGGGGGACACUAAGAGACAGACAGGUAAGCGGGGGGAGAGAGUAACACUAAGGGACAAGGGAGGGAGGGGAGAGGAACACUAAGGGACAUAUAGGGGGUUCGGGUGACACCAUGAGUUACUACACCGGGUGACACCAAUCCUAGUUAUGCCACUGGUAAGGACACUGUAAGGAAAGUUUACCAGUGUAUAUAUGCUUUAGAAUUCACUAUAUUUUAGUGUAAUUUCACUCCAAAUUCCUGGCUGCUCUCAUUUUAACAGAUACAUUCACUAAAGGGCAAAUUCAUGGUGAAUUCAAAGUGGAUUUCGAAUUGAAAGGCAUAAUAGUCAAACUGGAAAGAUUCUCUCUGUCAGCUAUGCUAUUACUUCAGCUACCCUGGCCUUAAGUUUCCCGUUUGGCUAUUUUAACCUUGAAUUUGAAAUUCAAACCCCAAAAGGGUUGUUCACUAAAUUGAGAACGCAACGUGAAUUUGAAUAACCAUUUUGGCGUCAAAUGUGAAAUUCACUUCAAAUGGACUUUUAUCUUCUUCACAUACUGCGCAACAUUGAGGGUUUGGAUUCGGGACACAGGUUGGCAGGCGGGGGGGAGGGGGGGGAAAUGGACAGUGUUAGCAUGUGUCUUGGAGAAUUUAGUAGAAUCUGAUUUUAGCAAGGGUUUCACAGAGUUACAGGUUUGUUCACUAAUAUUGUAAAGCGCUACAGAAUCUGUUGGCGCUAUAUAAAUGGCAAUAAUAAUAAUAUUAAUAAUAAAGUGAGGAUUCAAGUGAAAUCACAGCGAAUAUCAAAUUUUAGGUCUUGAUUUUAGGUCUUGAUAGCCAAGCUGGAAGGACAAUUUGGCUAUUGUGCCUUCAGAGGAAACUAUAGUGCCUGAAAACAAACUCGUAUGGCUUCCCCCUCUGUCAAGGCCUCUUCCCCCCCUCCCGGGGCUAUAGUGCCAGGCACUUACCUGGGUCUUUCCUGUGUCGACGCUGGCUGAGCUCCACCCAUGCUCCUGGCGAGGGAGACCUAAUGCGCAUGCGUGGCAAUGGCCGUGCUCGCAUUAUGAUUUCACAUUAUUCAAUGCUUUCCUAUGGGGAUUCCGGUGACGCUGGAAGUCCUCAUGCAUAGAGUGCAGGGCCGUCUUUAAUGCGGGGCAAACGGGGCAGCUGCCCCGGGCCCAGUUUCUCUUGGGGGGCCCGAGGCACCUGCCCCGUGGGCCCCGCUGACCCCGGCGGGCGGGUGGCCGGUCGGGCAGGAAGGCGGGCGCGCGAGGGAGCACUCACUGCUUCCUCUUCAGCUCCCUCGCGCCGCACUGAUGCGGAGUCGGAAGAUGACGUCAUCUUCCGGCGCCGGCAUUCAGCGCGAGGAAGCUGAAGCACUGAGUGCCUCCCUGCACUCCUACCGGCCCCACCCUAAGGAGCCCAGCAGCACCACUGGACCCCAGGGAAUCCCCCCAGCACUCCAAAAGGUAAGGAGGCUGGUGGGAUUACAUUUAAAAAAAAAAAUGUAUGUUUGUGUGUAUGUGUUUGUAUGUGUUUAUGUGUAUGUGUGUGUUAGUGUAUGUGUUUGUGUGUUAGUGUAUGUGUGUGUUAGUGUAUGUGUGUUAGUGUAUGUGUGUGUUAGUGUAUGUGUGUGAUAGUGUGUGUGUUUGUGUAUGUGUGUGUUUGUGUAUGUGUGUGUUAGUGUUGGUGUGUGUGUAUGUGUGUUAGUGUAUGUGUGUUAGUGUUAGUAUGUGUGUUAGUGUGUAUGUGUGUUUGUGUAUGUGUGUUAGUGUGUAUGUGUGUUAGUGUGUGUGUGUGUUAGUGUAUGUGUUUGUGUGUUAGUGUAUGUGUGUGUGUGUCAGCAUGUCUGUGUGUGUCAGCAUGCCUGUGUGUGUCAGUAUGUCUGUGUGUGUGUCAGUAUAUAUGUGUGUGUAUAUCUGUGUGUGUCAGUAUGUGUAUGUGUCAGUAUGUCUGUUAGUGCAUGUGUAUGCAUGUGUCAGUAUAUCUGUCUGUGUGCCAGUAUGUCUGUGUGUGUGUGUGUGUCAGUAUAUCAGUCUGUGUGUGUCAGUGUAUGUGACUGUGUGUGUGUGUGUCAGUAUUUCUCAGUGUAUGUGGGUGUCAGUAUAUCUGUCAGUGUGUGGGUGUCAGUAUUUCUGUCAGUGUAUGUGUGUCAAUAUGUUGAUCAGUGUAUGUGUCUGUGUGUGUGUGUCAGUAUGUCGGUAUAUGUGUCUGUGUGUCAGUAUGUCUGUAUAUGUGCCUGUGUCAGUAUGUCUGUCGGUACGUCUACCAGUGUAUGUGUCUGUGUGUGUGUCAAUAUAUGUACCUGUGUCAGUGUGUCUGUCAGUGUAUGUGCCUGUUUAUCUGUAUGUAGUCAGUGUAUGUAUCUGUGUAUCUGCUUGUGCGUCAGAGUGUGUACCUGUGCAUCUGAGCCGCAACUUUAAAUACAAAUACACCCCUCCAUUCAAACUUCAACACUACAUAUAAAACACACUCCUGCAUUGAAACGUCAACACUAUAUACAAGCACACUCCUACAUUCAAAAACAAACACUACACAUAAAUGCACACUUGCAUUCAAACUCCAGUACCACAUACAAACACAUUCACACAAACAUACUCCAUACAAACCCAUGCUUACAUUCAAACAUACUAACAUGGCUCAGUGCUAAAUACAACCCUGCAAGCAUGGGAAAUUGGUAGAGUCCCAGCUGUCAAAGCAUUGUUGGAGUUGCACGACAGAUGGGGUUCUACCUUUAGUCCAACCUUGCAAUUGGGGGUCCCAAUAAAAUUCAUUCUACUUUAGUACCGCCACUGCGUUGGGAUGAAUGCCGUGAUUGCAUACCAGGGAGUGAGGGGCGAGAGCGGCAGGGCACAGGGGGCCCAAGCAAACACUUGCCCAGGGUCCAUUCGUUAUUAAAGACGGCCCUGAUAGAGUGAGGACGUCCAGCGUCGUUUAGGCAACCAAAAGUCACAUUCAAGCCAUCUAACAGCUGUCUGGUAGACAACCACUAGAGGAGGAGUUAACCCUAGCAGGUAUUUAUUGCCGUUUAUAAAAUCUGCAAUAAUUACACUAGCAGGGUUAAGGGUGAUGGGAGUUGGCACCCAGACCACUACAAUGAGCUGAAGUGGUCUGGGUGCUCACAGUGUCUCUUUAAAACUGAAAUUCACUUUGAAUUCUCGCUUUAGUGAAUAACCCUGACAAUCUCUUAUCAAGAUAAUUUUAUUAUGCAAAUUAAAUAAAUGGCUAAACAGAGCUAAAUCAGGAGUCUGAUUAUUUAACAGGAUCUUAAAUGGCAGCAUCUAUACGGCACAGCUCGGUAAUCAAAAUCAAUUUCACCAACAUCACUUAUUGUGUUGGGGGUGAAAUUGUGGAUUGUGUAGAAAUCGAAUCAUAGAAUAGCACAAAUAGCCAUUUAUAUGCGGGCAAACUGAGCAAAAAACCCCAGAUAUUUACAGCUCUUAUCUCUGUAGCAGGACAGGACAGGGCAAGCACAGUAAUUCAUUGUCAAAUGUUUAAAUAACAGAACACUAUAGAACACAACCAUGGCAAUGGAAAAACAAACACAACUGAUGUGUGACUUCUUUGUAAAUGCCUAUGCAGUAUCAAGACAGAAACUGAAAAUCACUCUAUAGAUGAUAACAUUCCAUGACAUGCGCAUAGUGGUCUCUUGGCAUACGCCAUAAAUUAUACCUGAACAUAUGCCCUUCCCAGAAAGACACGGACACUAAAUUAAAGUGGGUAAAUGUCACGGCUUUAAUAAAUUAUAAAUAUAUAUUUAACACAAUGGGUCAUUGUCAGACCUAACUCUGUACAUAUCCAAUUAAAUACAUCCAAACAUCCAAAAUCACUAUACCCACUGACAAUGACCCAUGACAUAAUUUAACAAUAAUUAAAUGACCGUAUUAUAAUGACAUAACACAACACACAUAGCCACAACAGGCAACACCUACACCACCUACACCACCAGGUUGAAAGCCACCAACGGGCUCCAACCUACCAAAUACCAAAACCCAUGACAUAAUUUAACAAUAAUUAAAUGACCGUAUUAUAAUGACAUAACACAACACACAUAGCCACAACAGGCAACACCUACAACACCUACACCACCAGGUUGAAAGCCACCAACGGGCUCCAACCUACCAAAUACCAAAUCCAGUGAAUAUUGGUAUCAAAAUUCCAAGAUUCUACCGACCCCCAAUAUUUCUCCAUCCCCCGCCGCUAUGACUAGCGUAGACCGAAAGUGACAAACCCAUGCAAAACCACUGAAAAGGGAAGGAGGGUGGUACAACAACAAGUAGGUCGGAAUUAGUUAAAAUGGACCCUACACUAAAAUGGCCGUUAUUAAUAUCCAUAUAGGCCCCUAACCCUCACCCUAUCAAAAUCAAAUCAAAUCCUAUCCCCAUGUAUGCCUGCAUCCUAGCUAUGUCAAGGCCAAUUCCCUUAGUUUCACUGUUUCAUGGGCUACAAACUACAAGUCCUUUGAGUAAUCACCAGUGGGAUAUCUCCCAAUCUGCAAAUGGCAACAUGCACACAGUCCCUUACUUUGUUUUAUAGAUAGCAUUAUUAUCUAGGUAAGACUUGCAAUAUUAUGUUUUAUUCACUAAAGACCAAAUUCUAAUGAAUUAAAAAUUGAAUUGCAAAAUUCAGGCUAAAAUAGCAACAACAAAAAACAAAACCUUUUCCAAAUCAAAUAUUUUGGACUCAAUUUUGCAGUUUGGUGUGCAGCUCAGUGUUCAGAUUCCAAGUGUCGUUGUUUCCAGUAAGACAAUAGAGACAUGUAACAUUACCCUUUUGCUUGUCACUGUGAAAUGUGACAGUUCUGCUGUUUUCAAUACAGAGAUGUGUGUGUAUAAACACAUGGAAAAUACCAGGGUAUGUGAGGACGGUUUGUGAAUUAUAGAAGAUAAAUGAAGACAUGUCAAAGAGAAACAGGAAGGUAAUGUGAGUUUAUUGUUACAUGUAGGAUUCUGUCAAAUAAUGAGAAACGAGGGAGGGGAGGAUAUCUUUCACUAUCUCUCUAUCUCUCUAUCACUCUAUCCCUCUAUCCAUUAUAACAGAGCUCCACAUCAAUAAUACUCACAGUAAUUUGUCUUUAACCCCUUAAGGACCAAACGUCUGGAAUAAAAGGGAAUCAUGACAUGUCACACGUCAUGUGUCCUUAAGGGGUUAAAGGACCACUGCUAUGUUUAUUUUAAAAAAAGGGUUAAUCCUAUCUGGACCUGGCACCCAGACCACUUCAUAAAUGAAGUGGUCUGGGUGCCAGGUCCAGAUAGGAUUAACCCUUUUUUUUUAUAAACAUAGCAGUUUCAGAGAAACUGCUAUGUUUACACUGAGGGUUAAUCCAGCCUCUAAAGCCUCUAGUGGCUGUCUCAUUGACAGCCGCUAGAGGUGCUUUCCUGCUUCUCACUGUGAAAAUCACAGUGAGAAGACGCCAGCGUCCAUAGGAAAGCAUUAUUAAUGCUUUCUUAUGAGACUGGCUGAAUGCGCGCGUGGCUCCUGCCGCGCAUGUGCAUUGAGCCGAUGACGUUGCUAGGAAGAAGGAGAGGAGGAGGAGAGCUCCCCGCCCGGCGCUGGAAAAAGGUAAGUGUUUAACCUCUUCCUCUCCCCAGAGACCGGCGGGAGGAGGACCCUGAGGGUGGGGGCACCCUCAGGGCACUAUAGUGCCAGGAAAACGAGUAUGUUUUCCUGGCACUAUAGUGGUCCUUUAAAGGGACACUGUAGGCACCUAGACCACUUUAUCGCAAUGAAGUGGUCUGGGUGCGGUAUUCCUGUCCCACUGAGUCCUGCAAUGUAAAACAUGGCAGUUUUUGAGAAACCUGCAAUAAAUGUGUUUGGGAAUUAGAUUGUGGAAAUGAGAUACUUGUUCUUGAUUUAAUUUGCAUUUCAGUUGUAGAAAUGAUUAGAAAAUCACUUAAAAUGUUUCAGAACACCCCCCCCUCUUUCCCUCCCCCUGCCCCCCAUCAUUCACACCCCUAAAAUUAAAAUGUCCCUCUUUGUCUAUUUGAAUUGUUGGGACAUAUCUGUCUAUGCAUCUGUCUAUCUCCUGCCUGUCCUUCUACACGUCUGUCCAUCCAUUCAUUGUCUAUCUGUCUCCUUUCUGCCAUUUGCCUUUUCCUCCCUUUCCAUGAGCAAGACAAUGAUCUGGGCACUUGGAUGCAUGCUUAUUAAUACACCAUUUGCCAUGCAUUCUUUUAAGCUGGUUGGUAUACUUUAUAAUAAGAUGAUUGUGAAUAGACAGAAGCCCGUCUUUCAUACUUCAACUAUGGCAAGGGCUUGUAUAGCAGCAUUUCUUUCCUUGGAAGUCAAGCUGAACUCCUAGAGUUUUAAACCCCGAGUUACCCUUUAUUUCCAGAAACGAGCAUGCCAGCCAGCAGCCGGUCCUAUUACAGCAGACAAACAAGUCUGUGUUGUAACUUUUUUAUAGUUUUACAACUGUAACUUUAUUAGAGCUGGGCUGACUCUGCAUCGCUUUAUAAAUAUCCCAUUGGUUGAAAAACGCAGAAGUGAAUAUUAUUGUGGUGGUUUUAUGCGUGUUAAUCUUUUGCUUUGCUUGUGCAAUUCUUCUCAAAUUUAAACCUAUCAGGUUUUCUAUUAUUUAAAAGGGAACAGCUAACUGUAAAAUAAAAAAAGGAACACUUCAACAUUAAAGGAACACUCCAAUCACCAUAACCGCUACAAUACAAUGUAGGGGUCAUGGUGCUAGGAGCGCCCUGGCGUCCAACUCGAUAAAUGUCAAACCAUUUUAAAACAGUUUGAUUUCAUAACUGUGGUCUACCACCCACCACUCCCUGCCUUAGAGUAGAGUUGGAAUUUUUCUGCCUGAGCAUAGCUCAGCAGUGCACGACUCAUUGGCUGACAGUGAUCAGCUACCGGUUUGGUCUGGGUGUGCUGGAAUUUUCUGUUCGUUGACUGUGACAUAGGGGGCCCACAUUUCCCGGAUCGCCCGGGACAGUCCCGCAUUUUGAGAGUCUGUCCUGGGUCGCGCUGUCCGACUGAGUCAACUUGGAAUAAGUUGAGCUGCACCGCCGCAGACCUGGAUUGGCCAUCAGGCAAACUGGGCAAAUGCCCAGUGGAUCUCCCCUGCCGGCAAACGCAGGGCGGACGCUCAGUGAGGGCAGCAAAAACGUGACAAAGUCCCUUGAUGGGCCGGUGAGGAAACUGGAAUUCUCCUUCAGCAGCCUAUUGCACAGACAGACAGAGCGGCGCAGGGAGCGGCUGUAUUAAUCUCCAGUUGGGGGGCAGCCAUGUCAAUUUAUGAUUUUAUUAUGUGUUUGUAUCAUGAUUGUACAUAGUGGUUUGGAAAAGAUUUAUCCUCAGGAUUUAUUUGUUGAUAAAGAGACGGAACAAAGCUGCUUUGGAAAAACCAUGUGCAUCAGUGUCAACAAAAUUCUCUUCCUCACACACAUCACACACAGUGAAGGGCUUGUUCUUCCCUGACACAGCACUGUAUACAGUAACACAUAACUCUAACAUAUAACAACCAGCUAAAAAUAAAACAAUGCGUUCUGUUCAUCAACGCACACGUAGACCAGGCUCUAAAGGGUAAUAUCUGACUGACUGGCAUGGACAACAAAUUACACAAAAAAUAGACAAAACAAAGAUAAUGAAAAUUGUCUUUGUCUGUAAGUAAAGUUGAAGUGUCAGUGUGAAUGAGAAAUUGACUGUACAAAACAUAUAGCAAAAAUAGAAAAAGGGAACCGCACUCAAUUCUCUUAAAGUAAAGGGUGCUAACUGGACCACGAUACAGCACUGGCCCAAGAAUAAUAGAUUCCAGUAGCAGAGAGAGAGUCCAUGCACUCCAAUGACUUCAGGCAAAUUUAUUAUCCAAAGUGUGAGCUAAUCCUUGGUGUGAAGUAGUUUGACAAAGACCCUAUCUGGGGUGGAAACGUUGCAGUAUCCCACAUGUUCUAAUAAACAUGCCUGAAGUCAUUGGAGUGCCUAGACUUUCUCUUUGCUACUGGUAUGUACAAAACCUAUAAAACCCAGUGGUUGCAAGUAGAUUAAUUCAUUGAAUUUAUAUACAUGCCUGCAAUACUAUAAAGCAUAAAUAUCUCAUACCUCCCAAGUGUCCCUGCUUAGAAGGGACAGACACUCUUUGGGCUUAAUUCCAUUUGUACCUCUCUCUGUGCUUCAUGCCUUAAAGCUCAGUAUUCUUGGUGUGCCGAAUUUAUACCAGACCUCUACAGCAAAAACACUCCCAGUAAUGUUAGUUUAAAGGACCAGUAUAGGCACCUAGGCUAGGACACUUCAACGCAAUGAAGUGGUUUGAGUGCAGUGGUCUUUUUUUUAAAAACAUUGCAGUUUUCGAGAUACAAUGUUUUUAAUUGCACGGUUAAAAACAUUUCAGGUGGCUCUCUUCCCGACAGCCGUCUGAGGGUGCUUCUAAUGCAACAACUGCGUCAAACUCAGUCAUGUGACAUUCAAUGUCCUCAAAUGCUGAUCAUAGCAAAUUAUUUGAUUUAGUGCAUUCUAAUGAGAAGCAUUUGAUUGUACACUCAACGUCCACAAUGCUUCUGUUAGAAACAGUGAAUGGGAAGCAGAAAGGAAACUGCCUGCGGGGCGACUUAACCGGAGGCAUAAUGGACGGCGGCACAGAAUGACUAAAACCCUUUUUUUAAAACAUUUUAUUUAGGUGGGCCUCUGAAUCUAAACAAGGAGUAAAUCACUAUAGCAUUAGGAAUACAGGUUUGUAUUGAUAUUGCUAUAGCGUUUUUCUUUAAACUAAAAUAAAUGUGUUUCGAAAUCAGUCUGUGUAAAUAGGAUAUUAUUAGAAUAAAAUUGUUCUAUUUUAAAUUUUGGUAGCAUAUAUUGUUAUUUGGAAGUCACCUAGGAUUUCAGUCCCUGGCCACAGCCCCACUCACACCCCUAAGAUAAAAGUAUCCAUGUCUGACAUUUUGAAAUGUCGCGAGGUAUGAUAUCUCGUUUUGAACUCUUUUGAACAUACUGUGGGAUUUAAAACUAUUUGCAGACUAUACAGAUCCACAAACACUGGCAGAGCUGAUUCAAAGAGGAAAUUAUUUUUUUUGAAACUGAAAGAGCGAGUAUAUAGAGAGCUGUGUCUAUAGAUUCCAGAGCAAACACUUCUAUGUAUAUACCAAUGCACACAAACCUCCAAAUCUGUACUUUUAGAGCCUAUUCGGUAAACCGUGAAUUUGAAUGGUUUCAAUAUCGCGAUAUUUUAGGCUUAAAAUGGCCAUUUGGAAAAGAAAAAUACUGAAUUGGAGACUUUUGUCCAUUAUUUUGGAUUUCAUUAUUUGUUAUUUCAAUUCACGUUUUGGAAGAGUGAACCGCCGAGGACAAAACUCUUUCUGUGUAUGUGCCAAUUGAAUGUGUUCAUACCACAUGUAACAUACAGGAUUGCACGUAUGUAAAUCAUCUAACGAGAAGGAAAGCCAUUGACACACAAAUGGAACACAAUGAAUCCUGCUAGGCUGAAUGUUUUUCAAGAUAAAUCUACUAUGGAUGAUACCAUUGCAUUUACUUACUAAACCGUGAUUGUGGUGUAUUGAAAAUAACAAUAGCUACAUUUAGACCAAAAUAGUAAUGAUGACAAUAUAGAGUUUUUCCAGAUAUUGUGGACUACAUCUCCCAUGAUGCUUACCAGCAUUAUAGCUGUUAGAGCAUUAUGAAAGAUGUAGUCCACAAUAUCUAGAGUGCCAAAGGUUGCCUACCCCUGCUAGUAGGUAAAAGAGCAUUUUUUUGGAAGAUUAUGUACUAUGGUUUUCAUUUUGCAAAUCAGGUUAUCAAUUCACAAAGUAGUAAAAAAAAAAAUUGCUACUUGGAAAUAUAAUCAGGGAAAAAAACCUGUAUUUUUCUGUAAGGUUUAAUGAUAGAACUAAGGUACAGAUGCAGUGCAGAGGAUUCCACUGUAAUGUAUACAUUGUUAUUGUCCCCAUCACUGCGUAAAAUCCAUUAUCGAAUACUUUCCAUUCACGUAUUAGGCUCUCAUGCCUAUCAGGCUGUUUAAUGAUUAACCGGUCUACUCUUAAAUCUUAGACUCGACUUGAGAUAAGGAGGAAUGUAGGGUAAAGUUCCAACGAAGCAAGAGUCACCUUGAAAUGCUAGUUUAGAAAUUUCAAUAGUAUUAUUUUAUUAUUUAUAUAGCGCCAGCAAAUUCCGUAGCGCUGUACAAUGUGUGGACUAACAGACACGUAUUUGUAACCAGACAAAUGGGAACUGAGGGGUUGAGGGCCCUGCUCAAUGAGUUUACAUGCUUGAGGGAGACGGGUAUAGUGACACAAAAGGUAAAGGUAAGGGUUAUGAAAUAGGUUGCUAUAACUUUGGUUAUUUUUGACAGUUGCAGGAGAGGAGUCAUGGGGGAUUGACGGGGGUUGAGGGGGGAGGGAUGAAAUCCCGCUAACAGUUUAAAUUAUAUGCUUUGCUGAUUUUUUGAAGGAGUGGAGACUGGGUGAAAGUCUAAUGGAGAAGGGCAGGGAGGUCCAAAGAAAAGGUGCAGCCCUGGAGAAAUCUUGGAGGCGUGCAUCAGAGGUGGGAGUACGGGCAGUGGAUAGAUGUAUGUCUUUGGCAGAGCGCAGGGGCCUCAACGGGACAUACUUGUGUAUUAGGGAGGAUAGGUAGGUUGGAGCAGCAUUAUGUAGGGAAUUGUAAGCAAGCACCAGAAUCCUAAAUUGAGCCCUAUAUCUAACUGGAAACCAAUGUAGGGACUGACAGAGGGGGGAGGCGUCGGAGGUGCGGGUGGACAGGAAAAUGAGCCUCACAGCGGUGCAGUCUGGGAAUACAUAAGACCACUGAGAAGUGGAUUGCAGUAGUCAAGGCGAGAAAGAACAGGAACCUUAGUUGUGUCAAUAUGGCAGCUACCAUGUGGCAUGUCUUAAUUCUAUUAGACUCCUUUACAUUUGUCAAUUUUUUUAUUACACAUUAAAUACCCUGGAUAGCAUAGCACACACAAAAAAAAUGUAUUCGCUCUCAAUGUAUAUUUAAAUCUAUGUAAACACUUUCUUCACAAAUUCAUAUGGAGUUUCAUAUAUGCUGAGGACUUUGAAAAUGCUCACUAUGUUAGUCAUUCCCACUGACACCCAAAUAGCACUUGUCCACUUCACAUUUUUCUUUCCACUUGUGCUGCUACAAAAAGCUCUUCCCAUUUGAAGACCCCGCCAGACGUGUAGAUCAGCACAUUUCAAUACUCUUUUAGACCCUCUACCCAUUUCAGCUUCUGUGAAAUGACCUAUCCAUUUCAGCCCCCUCCAGACUCUGACCAUUUAAGAUCUUCCGCAAACUUCAUGACCUGUUCUCGAACUAUAUACCUACAUCAGAUCCUUCUGAUGAUUUCAGAGACCCUGUGUUGAAGUCAGACCUCUGCACCAAGUUUAGAUCCUUACAGGGUUACACAAGUAUGUAUAUCUAUAUAUAAGCUCCUUGUAAAAAAAAAAUAGUCAACAGCAGCAAAUUAAUUUAUCAGGAGCAGAAAGAAGACUGGUCAUAGCACAGAUAGUGGUGUUUGCCAACAACCAAUAAUCCACUGAGCAGUGGAAGACUCAACAGCUGCAGAUACUGUGAUCGGGGCUGGGCCACUUGGAAUUUUGUGGUUUAUAUACUGAGUGAACGCUGUGAGUGUAACUAGUUUAAUGUUUCCAUUUACGUGACUAACUGGAUGCAAAUGGUAUCAAAUAAAAGUGCGAAUAUAUACGCCUACAUUUUUGCUAUUCGGUGUAUGCGUCUGGGUUUAAUGCUGUGAAAAUCUGGCGUUUCUACAUAUCAUUAGCUAUUGUUUAUGGUUUCUUAUAUUUCAAAUAAUGAUUGUGACCGUUACUAGUGCAGUAAGAGACAGAGUGCACAUAGCAGAGUUUUAACGCAUGCAUUUUGUGUUGCAAUUUUCAUAAUUGAGCCUUAAUUCCCAUAGGAAUUCAGCUAUUAAAGGGUUACUCCAAGCACCAUGACAACUUCAGUGAUUUAAAGUAGUCACGGUACCUGGUGUCUGUAUGUGCAGCGUUUUUCUAUGAAAUGCUGCACAGACUAAGUUUAGCUACUGGAGGGGUCCUAGUGCCUGUGAACACUGUGAGUGCAUCUAAUGAUACUCUUGCACUGUGCUACACAUGGACAAUUCGUUUUUGUCCAUGGAUGUGGGGCACCAGGAAAUGAAGGACCCUAAAAUCGGAACUGCUGUGAGGUCUGAUACAAUGUGCACCAUAACCUAUGCCAGGGGUAGGUAACCUUCAACACACCAUAUAUUGCAGACAUCAUCUACCAUAAUGCUCUUACAGCCGUAAUGCUGGCAAAGCAUCAUGGGAGAUGUCCACAAUGUUACCUACCCCUGACCUAUGCUAUGAAUAUGAACUGUUAAGAAACAUAUAUACUGUCUUUCUAAAUUAUUUCCUCUUUAAAACACAGCUAAAACGAACUAGAAUGAUGUACUGAUGAGCAGCUUGAAGUCUGCCAUUUAUCUUUCAAUGUCACACGGUUACAGGCCGCAAUAGUCUUAUCUAUGGAUCAUACCAGUGAAUUCUAUCAAACUGUUUUGAAAAAAAAUUAAUAGGUUUAUUCAGCCAAAAUAGCUCAACAGGAAAAUAAUUCCACAUCUCAGCUCAUGUGACCUGUUGGUUAUUAUGGCCUAAUGAUUUACAUUCCCUUUUCAAUUCCACGGUUUUUGGUUUAGCAAAUAAAUCCAUUAAUACAGGGGUGCCCAAAAGGUAGAUCCCGGAUGCUUUCAAACUACAGCCUCCAUGAUGCUUUGUCAUUCGAAAUGCAUUUUAAAGGCAUGCAAAUCAUUAUGGGAGGUGUAGUUCUACAACAUCUGUGGAUCUGCCUUGUGGGCAACCCUGCAUUAAUAUUACAGAAUCUACUUGCAUCACAAAUACAUAUAUAAUCCGACUAUUCCUUUAACAUGACUUGUUUUUCUCUUGUAGGGGUCUUUCUCAUUCCUUACAUUCUGAUCGCUAUCCUUGGUGGAAUCCCCAUUUUCUUCCUGGAGAUUGCUCUUGGUCAGUUUAUGAAAGCGGGCAGUAUUGCAGUCUGGAACAUCGCACCUAUAUUUCAAGGUCAGAUCUUUAUCUCUUCUAAAAUGUCAUUGUUCUGGUACUCGGUGCUCAUUCUAUACUUUCUGUGGACAGACGAAUGCUUUUUUUUUUUUACUUUUCCAUGUUCUGUUUCUAAACAUGCUGUGUUGUGACCCUACACUAAUGUAUGUAAGUUCAGCAAACCAAUUUCAAUUCCAAGGGGAAUUCCUUUUUCAAACUCUUGUCUGACAAUGUUGUGCUUUUGUAGCCCUCGGCAUUAAUCCUAUAAUUAAAUGUUUGCAUUUGCAUUUCUAUUUCCUUCUGCUCUACCACUGCUCUUAAUCCAAGGCAUGUCCUUGUAGCCUUUUUUGUGAUAUCCAUGAAUCGUGUAGCUACGAAGGACAAGAACUCAAAGUUACACUUGUUAUCCAUUUUCUUCUCUGCACAUAUUAAUUCAUCUUUGCACAUUGUUGCACACAGGUUAACUGGGUCAAACGAUUUUUAAUCCUGCUAAAAUCUUUUCAAUUAAAAUGGAUAAUAUUAACUUUAGACAGAGCCUAGAACAGAAAGGGAGUCUUUCUGAAUCUGAAGUUUGAGGCCAAUCUUAAGUACGGUCUAGUAACAAAGAAGUCUUGAACUCAACCCAAGAACUUUCUACAUAGGACUCUGUUGCUGAAGGACAUAUCGGUCAAGACCGGUUGUUAAAUCCAAUUUCACAAAACUGUCAUUAUUAGCCAUAUAAGCUCAUAAUUGCUUGAGAGCAUCCCCUAGAUAAAUUUUAAACCUCUGAGAUAUUUACUAUGGUUGUAAGACUACAUCUACAAGAAUGAUCAACACUGAAAUGAUUUAAUAAGCAGCAGACAGUUCUCACUUCAAAAGGCAAAGUAUUUGUAUGUGUAAAAAAAUUCUACUAAAUAUAAAUGUUAAUAAUGUCAUUUUGGUAUGACUUUGUACUCUAAGUGAUAUAUCUUAAAGGAACACUAACAGGGAUAUUCACUGACAUGAGAAUUCAAAGUGAAUCUCAAAUUUAAAGGAACACUAUAGGGGAAGGAAUACAAGCAUUUAUUCCUGACCAUAUAGUGUUAAAACCACCAUCUAGCCCCACUGGCCCCCAUUUUCCCCUGUAAAUUUAGCAAAAUCUUACUUUUAUUGCAGUCUGCUGCUGUUUGCUCUGCCCCUGAUCUGCCUGCUUGGCUGACAUCAUCAGAACCGUUGAACAAAAGCCAAUCACAAUGCUUUCCCGUAGGAUUGGCUGAGACUGUCAAUGAGGCAGAUCAGGGGGAAGUGCCAGCAAAAGCCAAACACAGCCCUUGCCAAUCAGCAUUUAAUCAAUGCAUCUCUAUGAGGAAAGUUCCGUAUCUGCAUGCAGAGGAUGGAGACACUGAAUGGCAGUGCUGCACACUAGACAGUACUGCUCCAGGAAGCACCUCUAGAAGCCAAGGAGUGGCCACGGGAGGUAUCCCUACACUGCAAUGUAAACACUGCAUUUUCUCUGAAAAGACAGUGUUUCCUGCAAAACGCCUGAAAGAAUGAUUAUACGCACCAGAACAAAUACAAUAGGCUGUAGUUGUUAUGGUGACUAUAUUGUCCCUUUAAGGCAAAAGUAGCCAAAAUGGAAGCAUCACUGAGCUACAGAAUGUUUCCGGUUUGGCUACUUUGACCUUAGAUUUGAAAUUUACUUUUGUGAAUAACCUUGUACAGUAUUAGGAAUAUAAAGGUGUUUUCAUAAUGCUAAAAUGUUCUCCUAACUAUUAAGAUGCAGGGUCCCCCUUAAUGAAGUAAAAACAUGGUAAAUGAAGCAAUUACUUACCUUUUUUCCAGUGUCAAGACUCACUCUGUGCUGCUGCCCUCUCCUCCUCGUGCAACGUUAUCUUGGAGGUAUCCCCUUCCUGGCUUCUCUUCCAAUCCAGUAAUUUUCAUAGAGAAGCACUGGGGAUGAGAUGCGUGGCGAGUGCCGCACACGCUUCCAAUCAAAUGCUUCUCCUAGGGAAGCAUUGAAUCGGCAUUUCAAACUCCCAGAGUAUGUUGUGUUUUUUUUUUAAUUUUAUCACUGUGUCAUUGUGUUAUUUAUAUGUGUUACUGAUUACCCCAUUUCUACAUUGAAGGGAUCGGCUUUGCAUCUGUGGUGAUUGUCUUUUUUUGCAACACCUAUUACAUCAUGAUCCUGACUUGGGGUGUCUAUUACCUGGUGAAAUCUUUCACGGCUACGCUGCCCUGGUCACAGUGUAACAACACGUGGAACUCUCCAGAAUGCGUAGAGAUUUUUAGGCACGAAGACUGCAGCAAUGGCACAGCCAAUUCAACCUUUGGCAACUUGACCUGUGACGAGCUGUCGGACAAGGUGUCCCCCAUUGUGGAGUUUUGGGAGUAAGUAGCCUUCAUUUCAGUUCUUUUUUUUUUUUCCUUCAUAUAUUCAAUGUGUAGGGGAAUGCAUUUCUGUAAAUUGUAUGUGUAAGCAUUAGUGUUUUUGUAUGUGUACGAGAUAAACAAUGGAUUUACCAUAAUCUUUGUGUGCAUACUGUCAGUGGCAACCCAUUAUCACCUCCAUGUGCUCUUUUCUAUGUCCUUGCAUACGCAUGAUAUAUAUAAGAAGUAAGCAGAGUCUUUAGCGUAAGGAUGGUAUGAAGCCUAGUAGAACUGGGUGCAGCCAAUGGGAGAUGUGGUAUCCUAUGUUUGCAUCCCAUUGGUUGCACACAGUAUUUUAAUUUAGUGAUACAUAAUAUAGUAUAUUUUUUUUGUCUGCCAUAUUUUUAUUUAUUUUUUAUACACGGUAUAUGCCUAUAUAUAUAUAUAUAUAUAUAUAUAUAUAUAUAUACAAUUUAUACAAAAAUAAAUUUAUAUAAUAUUUUUUUUUCCUGAUUGGCUAUUUUGGCCUUACUUCAAUUUUAAUUCCUGCCAAAUUCUCAGUUUAUCGAAUAAUUCUGACAAUGUUUAGUUUCGAGAUUCCUUUUGACAGAAUCCACUCUCACCGCUCCUUUGAUGAAAGAUGCCCUCUAUAUUUAUAGAUAAAGUGAAGAAGUAAAUUUAUAGUGCAUAAAGACUAUCACUACCGGAACAAGGAGAGUGGUCAACUUAAUCUCCUACUGAUAGGUCUAUUAAAGUCAAGUGGUUCUAUGAUAAUAGUUCUGGUCCUUACAACUGAGAAAAUUGUAGAUAGUACAAAAGCAUUACAUGAUACGUAGCAAGUAAGGCUUAACAAGAGAACUAUUAGGAUAAAUGGCUUAAUAGUAUCAUUCCUUGUUACAAAUAAUAUUUUUGCAUGAAUUGCUUUUAAUUUGGAUAGAAAGUAAUUAAACAUUGUACUAAUUUGCUUGGUAGACAUAGGCGUGCGCACGGGGUGUGCCGGGUGUGCCUGGGCACACCCUAAUCCCCGUGCGCACCCCUAUGGUUUGAGUCCUGCAGGAACAGCGUUCCUGCACUCUUUUGAGCAGGAACGCUGUUCCUGCAGGCACUCAGUGUCCCCUGUUUCACCUCUUGCCCCUGUCAUGGGAGGGCAAGAGGUGAUGAUUCCUCCCCCCCUACCCUGCAGGUCAGCCGCGGCGAGGGAGCUCUCUGCUCUCUGCUUCCUCUCGCCGCGCGCUGAUGCCGGGAGCCGGAAUAUGACGUCAUAUUCCGGCUCCCAGCUCCAGCAGACAGCCCGCGCGGCGAGAGGGAGCAGACAGCAGAGAGCUCCCUCGCCGCGCGCUGACCUGCAGAGAGGCGCCCGCCCCCACUGGACCCCAGGGACAAGUCCACCAGCACUCCAGGUAGGAGGCUGGGUGGACAUUUAAAAAAAAAAUUUAAAAUAUAAUAAUUUGUGUGUGUCUGUGAGUGUGUGAGUAUGUGUCAGUGUGUGUGUGUGUCAGUGUGUGUGUGUGUCAGUGUGUGUGUGUGUGUCAGUGAGUGUGUGUCAGUGUGUGUCUGUAAGUGUGUGAGUAUGUGUCUGUGAGUGUGUGUGUCAGUGAGUGUGUGAGUAUGUGUGUGUGUGUGUGUGUGUCAGUGAGUGUGUGAGUAUGUGUCAGUGUGUGUCUGUGAGUGUGUGAGUAUGUGUCUGUGAGUGUGUGAGUAUGUGUCAGUGUGUGUCUGUGAGUGUGUGAGUAUGUGUCUGUGAGUCUGUGAGUGUGUGUCAGUGUGUGUCUGUGAGUGUGUGAGUAUGUGUCUGUGAGUGUGUGAGUCAGUGAGUGAGUGUGUGUGUCUGUGAGUAUGUGUGUGUUUCUGUGAGUGUGAGUGUGUGUGUCUGUGAAUAUAUAUAUACGUAUAUAUAUAUGUAUAUAUAUAUAUACACACACACACACACGCGCGCGUGUUUGUGCUUUAGGGUGCACACCCUAAUGCAAUAGGCUGCGCAUGCCUAUGUUGGUAGACGUAAGACCAUAUGAUCACUAUGGGAUUUAUUCAGCAGUCGUCUAAAUGGAAUUAUUUGAAAACUGAAUUAAAACAUUUACGCCAAAACUGCCUUAAUGCGACUGUAGAUGAAUUGGUGUACAUUUCCAAUCAGCAUUAUUUUUUCGGCUAAGGUUUGCAAUUCUGAAUUUCCAGACCUCAACAAUUUUGGUAUUUUUUUUUUAAUAAACCAUUUUGUUUUCUUGUAUACGAUCUAUAUUAAUCUUGUACAAGAUCAUCGUUUAGCCGUAAUAUACAUAUUUCGUACAGAGCAGAAACGAUACCUGAUUUUAUUUUAUAAUCAUUGGGGUAGCGGAAAAUCUAGCCUUUCCUCAAAAACAGAGUGGUAGUUGACUCGAUUUCCAAAGUGAUGAGGGAUGAUAAGACUGUGACAGCAGUUAAAGAGGCCAUAGUUAAGAUGGUCCUGCUUUUUCUAACAGCUAUUAAUACUAUUUAAGCCCCUACUGCUGGGAGUAAUUCAGCUGGGAUAAAUGUGAGAAAUACGACUUUCUCACAUCUGCAGUAUAUUUAGGUUCUGAAAGUUAAUUCCAUUCAUUGCCACAUUUUGGCUGCUUUGGCCCGCUUCAUGCCAUAUAAAUAAAUAUACUUAGUAGCCCUUAUGCACAUUAUCAUAGAGAGGACUAAAUUUCAAGUAUUACACUACUAGCCAGACCUUAAAAUGUACUUGCCACUAUAUACCUGGAGUAAUUAUGGCUCACUCACCAAGGGGGGAUUUCUACUCGCCACUGGCUCGUAGAAAUGUGAGCCCUAAUCAUAGGUUUGCCAUGGUGUACAUUGUAUGCCAGACUAUACCUUGAUAAUAAAAAAACAGGAAGCACACCAAAACUACUGCAAAUAUAACUGUAACUUUAUUAACAAAGCAAUAUGACAAUCAGACAUAUAAAAGACAAACAGUGAUUAUGCUAGAAUCUAUGCAUAAAAUAUCAGCAUUGAAAUCAAUAGCCUUCAAGAGCAGGACACAAGUCACACACAAAAAAAGAGCAUUGUUUCGGCACACAGAAAGGUGCUUUUCUCAAGGGUAACCUGUAUCACACCGUAUCUGGUACUGAAUAUUUAACCCUUUAAAUAAAGUUGGUUAUAUUUGCAGUAGUGUUUGCAUCCUGGUUUUUUUUAGACAUUUGUUUUUUAUUAUUAUUAUUUAUAAAAUAUUUUACCAGGAAAGAUACAUACCUAAGGGAGUAUCCAUUUAGGUUUGCACCCUAUAAUUACAUAGUGUACGCUCCAAUGCAAAUCAUUCUAAAACUAUACCUAGAAAGUAUAUGGUGUAUAUAACAGUUAAAAAAUGUGAGCACACACCAUAAGUCAUUUUUAGUUUACCAGUAGUUAUAUAAAACUCUCUCAAGUGGCCUUCCUUCUGUAAUUAAUUUUUUUUUUUUUUUUUAAAAGCUGUGUGAACCCUGCACCUCUUAUUGUGAUUUUCUUUAAAAGUGCUUUGUCUUGUGCUUCGUCUAACCAGGACUUGUACCAGGGAAUUGUACUUUUUAGAACAAAGCAGCAAAGAAAUAGCUGAGUAUUUGUUUUUCCAAUUUUGCUCCUUUGGCCUACAAAUUGAUAUUCCCUGAACAAUUUCAAGCAAUUCAUGCCUCCGUGAAAAUUCCUGUAGGUUUGUGUCUGUGAUCGUGAGUCACGAGCUUGGAGUUCAAUCAUUUUUAUGUGUCAGCAGAAUAAGAACAAGACAAUAGUAUGUACAUCACGUGUGAUUUCUGGGAUCCACGUCUUGCAUUUUAACUCUUCACUGCCUGGCAGCCAAGAGUUAGAAGGGCUAUGAUUCAUCUUGUCAUAGCAUUUUUAUCCAAAAGAAAUGCCAUUCAGAUAUAGGAAUUUUGAAUCAUUGCUGUGAUGUUAGUUUGUGUGCAUCGUGACUGCUUGUACGUUUAUACACAACUGUAAAAAUGACGAAAACUUGGUUGCUUCUUAAUAUUAAAUCAGAAAGGAUUUAAAGUGUAAAAAAAGUUUACUAUAACACAAACAUUUGGAUUGUGCAGGAGCAAUCUUUUACGUUAAAAUACAGCAGUACUUCACACAUGGCUCCAAUUGCUAACCGAUAAUAAAUUUCCAAAAAUUAUCGUUGAAUAUGUCUACUUUGCGUACAUUUUUCAAAUAUCAUCUCAGAUUCUAAGAGGAGCCCCGUAAUACCUCAUAAGUACCAAUUAUAUUCUUUAUUAUCAUCAUGAUUUGUGUCGUUGGACGUGUUCCAGCUUUAAAACUCUUAUUGAUUUGCUGUUGGAAGGACUCUAUAGUUCUAAGAGUGAAGGUCAUUCUUUACUGGCAACGUGUCAGUAGUUUGGUCGAUUAUGUCAUGAUAUUGCCAAUUUAAAAUGCCCAUUAUAUAUUCCUAUAGACCAGUGGUUCGCAACCCAGUCCUCAAGUACCCCCUAACAGUCCAGGAUUUAGGGAUUACCCAGUUGUGUCUAAGGUGUUUUUAGUAAGAAAGAAAAAAAACACUUUAGGGGUAAUCCCUAAAUCCUGGACUGUUAGGAGGUACUUGAGGAGCUACAUGUUGGGAACCCCUGCCAGUUGCUCUUCUUUAAAGAGACACUCCAAACCCUUAAAACUGGACUCAAAGUAACAAGCAGAAAAACAUGACAAAACAAAAAUUCUCAGCAAACAUAGAUUUCAAUAAAAGACUAAUGUGUUUCUUUAGCAAAAUAAUGCAGCGAACGGGGAAAGCAGACAAAUAAAAUAAGAUGAGAGGUAAAGGACUUUGUUAAAAACUUUUUCUUUUUCUCACGGAAAGUUAUAAUAAAAAUAAACUGAUGGAAAAGUAGCAGAAUUCAUAAAGAAUAGAUUGCAGAUCAAAUCCAAAACGCUAUUUUAGUAAGUUUCUUAUUUCGUAGGAGAGGGCAUGUAGAAUUAAGCAAUAGGGAUUACUUAUGGCCUGAUAAAUUAAUGUAUAACAUAUAUUGGGUUUUUGUUUUUUAUAUUGAAUGCUAAGACCCCUCAAAUAAUUUUUAGAGGUAGCAAAAUGACUGACUGAGAAUGGUCUACUAGGGUGGGUUGUACUGAAACCAGACACAUUCUGUACAGUACAAUACAAAAUAAUUGCCUUGUGUAAAAUUUGACUUUAAUUAUCUCACAGGACCAUCUCACUGGACUCAUCCAAAGACCAAGAGUAGGAUGUUUUAAAAACGAUCACUCAAAGAACUUAACUCAUAAUAGACUGGGGUUUAAAGGAUAAUCGUGCUUGUCUGCAGAUGGUUCUGUCAAUGCGAUUAAGAUUAGGAUGAAUUUAGUACAUGCUUAAAUUCUUGGCUUUUAAGAGUUCUAUCAACGCUAGUUUGAGAAACAAAAUAUACAAAGUAAUAAACAGACAAUGUGACACUGAGGAUAAUACCCUGCCCCUCGAACAUUAGCCCUCUAAAUGACUGAAAUCUCAUAGCUAUACCACAAUUAUUGAGUCGUUUUUUAAAAGGAAGUUACUUAACCCCUUAACCCCUUAAGGACACAUGACAUGUAUGACAUGUCAUCAUUCCCUUUUAUUCCAGAAGUUUGGUCCUUAAGGGGUUAAGGACCAAACUUCUGGAAUAAAAUGGAAUCAUGACAUGUCACACAUGUCAUGUGUCCUUAAGGGGUUAAAGAGAAGAGAUGACAUGCUUUCCUAUAUUCUAUCUAAGAGAGUAUCUCAGAAUUCUAAUAUUUUAGAAAUUGAUUUAUUUAUUUCACAAAUCAUUGUAAUUUUCACCUGUGUUUUUACAGUCUACAAACCUUCUGGCCUUCAGUUUGUGCCAGCUCCUGUCAAUCAGUCACACUUAAAUUAGAAUGCACUUAUUUUCCGUGUCGCAAAACAAACUCUAAGCACAUUUAAAAUGUCAUUCAGCAAAUCAGUGUGGCUCCAUUGUUGAUUGUAGACAUUUCCAGUCUAUGGGAGGGUUUUUUGUUCCAACAUUGGAUCAAUCAGCAUAAAAAUGUGUCAAUGUUUCUAUGGUGAUCGUUCCACCAUAAUAUUUAAAAUGUCAAUUCGCCUUUUAAGGUCAGGGAUAAAUUUUUCAGAUUAGGGUUUUUUUUUUGUUUUUUUUUUUUUAAUUACAUUUUUUUUUUGUCUUUAUAACUGUAAUUAUUUUAAUAAAUCAUCAAUAUAUAUAUAUGUAGUUUCCCAAUGUAAUGCAGUUCUUCACUUCCUGUACAUUUGUUCGUUCUCUUGCUAUGAUGUUUUCUUGCAGUGUUGCGAGCGAGUGGCGGUAGGGGAAGUGUGUCCGCGCACUGCGCCCCAGCAAUCCCAAAGAAAGGAACGGAUCAAAUGACCUCUCGCUGGCAGCUGCAGGGUGGGAUGGUCUUGUUAACAUGAUUCUGAAACAUGUGAGCCUGAAAACAGCCUCUCCAAUUUUAAUUAAUCUUUUUAUUUAUGUAUUUUAUAAAACUACUCUGUGAAUUGUAUAUUUUCCCUUCCUUUGUUUGUUUGUUUGUUGUUUGUUUGUUUGUUCGUUUUUUCUUUUUGUUUAACUGUGGUUCUUUGGUGAUGUUGUGAGAUGGUUUCUGAAGAGGAUACUGGUGAAUGGCAUUGACUUUUUGAGAAAUGCUGUCAGACAGAGGGAAUUACUGAGGCUUUAAAUUCUAAAACAGACUUUUAUAAUGCCCGGUCAUUGCCUCUGUAUGUCUGGCUCAUUACAUUAGUCACUAGUCAUAUACCAAAAGCCUACUGAUGCAAACAAAAUGGGGCAAAUGUGGUGCGUCUAUUGGAAAUCUUUUUCAAUUGGUCCAUUAAAACUCUCACUAAUAUCUCGCACCCCUUUUUGACCCAGCUGUUUUGCAGGAGUAAUAUUUUGGGCUUAUUCUUAUACUGCUGAUAAUUGUGAUAUUGCCAUUGGCUUAAACAGCAGUCAUUUUCAUUGCUGGUACAAUUCAUAAUGCCUGAUGAAUAGGACCCUGUAAUAUGACCCCUUAAUUUAUUAUUUCAAAACUUGUUUAGUCUAGAAAGAAUUCUGGAGACGAUUUAGAAGAGGGUAUAUAAAUAAGCGGCGGUGUUUGGCUCUACAGCGUAAUCUGGUGAUAAAUCUAAUUUAAGUCUGUACUAUGUAUAGUACCACGAGGUUAAGUUGUAAAACCCAACGUCGACUUAUUGAAUCCAUACAGCCAUUCCGUCUCUGAAAUCCAUCCUUCUCUUUCCCUUUAUUUAACAAAUGAUGGAUUUUAAAUAUUUCCAGAGCCAGGAUUAAAGAAGAUGGUUGACCCAUAAGAGGGUUUAACUGUUAUCCUUUAAAAAAAUACACUUAAAAAGUCAAAACAGGUGCCCAUUAUUUUUCUGGCAUUAGUCACAUACUGGACGACCCCGGUAAAAGCUAAGGAUAUGGAAUUCUGAGGUCAUCCUGGCCUUGGACCUCUCAUAACAAUGUCAAAUCACUAAUUUAGAAUUAUUAAGCUUAGCGGUGUCACACUGUAACAAAAAAUGCAUUCAGCUAUAUCUUAUGAGUCAUUUUUUUCUUUUUUUAGUGGCCACUGGUCAUUGUUCGUAUUAUGAAUGUAUACAAUGUGUAGUCUCUCCCACCAGCAUUCCUUUUGAUUAGUGCAUUUGUCAGCUGUAAGUAAUGGUCAGAAUAGCACAUUUUAUGCUAGCAGACCUUACUGUUGAUAUUGCAAUUUGCAUUCAUGGAAAUUGUAGAAAAUGAUUUGGACUGUUAAAAAUAGAAACAAGCUCUAGAGGCGCCAAUCUUUAAUCUUUAGUUAAUCAUGUUUGCCUCUUUAAACUUAUCCAGCCAAAUGUCCAUCUAAAUUAUUUCAUGUGUCCCUGUUUAAGAAUUUCUUUUUUUUACCUACAAAUCAUUAAGUGUUCCAUUUAGUUUUGCACUCACGUGCACACACACACAUAGAGGUAAUUAGUGAUUUGGUUAUUUGUGACGUGGAUGAACCCAAGUACAUGGCCAUGUAGUGACCAUUGACAAUUUUGGUGUAUGAAUGGCCAGUACUUCACAGCUCAGUGGUUUUCAGUGUGCAACUUGAUGCUAGACUUGCCCUGGUCAACUGUACGCACUGUUAUCAAGAAGUGGAAAAGUCUACAAGAAGUAACAGCUCAGCCGUGAAGUGGCAUGCUACAAAAGCUCGCAGAAUGUGACAGACGGGUGCUGACGUUCAGUACGCGCAAAGAUCAUCUUUCCUGUUCAACAUCCACUAAUGAGUUGCAAACAUUCUGUUCUAAAAUGUCUCUGGAUGUAUUGCCAGCACAAGAAUGGUUCAAUGGGAGCCUCAUCAUAUAUUUAUUUAUCUUAUGGCCUUUUGUUCUAGGCUGGGUAAUGAUGCUGCCAGAUGUGGACUUAAUCUCGGUAUCUGGACGAUGACCACUUCAAAUCAAUAGAGGAACUAUUUAAAGUGGCCCUGUCACCCCCUCUGAAAAAUAAGUAUUUCAGAAAGAUGGAAUCUUUAUGAAAUACUCAUAUUGAAUGUGUUGGAAUGUCACUGAAAUUCCAAACCAAUCAAGACAUAUACUGAGACAAAGCAGGUUCUACUUUGUCUCAGUAUUUCUAAUACGCCUGACACUUCAAGACACUGGGCGGAGCUACCGCCGUCUAGAAGUGUAAAUCCCCCUAGCCAUCACCAGUGACGGCUGCAGGAAAUUGGCUUUAUCUAUGGAGGGUCUCGUGGAUCCUCUAUAGACCUGAAUGCAGUACUCUUGCGCAUGUGCGAGAGUCCAGCAGUGACAUCAGCUGGUGGCGCUGAAGAGAACCUGAAGACGACCCGCCGGGAGAUGAUGGCGGUGCCUGAGAGGGACAGGUUCAAGUAAGCAGAACUCUCCUUUGCCUACCGCCCAGUGGUGAUGGCACUGUCGGAGGUCUUUUAAAUUCUGCAAAGUCCCUAGACAGUGACGCUGUAAGUCAACAGCUGAUUGCAUUUGUUGGACAUAUUGGCUAGAGACACCCAUCCUUCCUACAUUACCAUAUUUUCAUCAUGCAUACAAAAUAUAUAUAUUACAGAAUUACAAUCUAUGUAACUUCAGCUUAAAAUUAAAAUACAGUUACUCCAUGUAACCAGAACCAACAGUAUUAUACAGGGAGUGCAGAAUUAUUAGGCAAGUUGUAUUUUUGAGGAUUAAUUUUAUUAUUGAACAACAACCAUGUUCUCAAUGAACCCAAAAAACUCAUUAAUAUCAAAGCUAAAUAUUUUUGGAAGUAGUUUUUAGUUUGUUUUUAGUUAUAGCUAUGUUAGGGGGAUAUCUGUGUGUGCAGGUGACUAUUACUGUGCAUAAUUAUUAGGCAACUUAACAAAAAACAAAUAUAUACCCAUUUCAAUUAUUUAUUAUUACCAGUGAAACCAAUAUAACAUCUCAACAUUCACAAAUAUACAUUUCUGACAUUCAAAAACAAAACAAAAACAAAUCAGUGACCAAUAUAGCCACCUUUCUUUGCAAGGACACUCAAAAGCCUGCCAUCCAUGGAUUCUGUCAGUGUUUUGAUCUGUUCACCAUCAACAUUGCGUGCAGCAGCAACCACAGCCUCCCAGACACUGUUCAGAGAGGUGUACUGUUUUCCCUCCUUGUAAAUCUCACAUUUGAUGAUGGACCACAGGUUCUCAAUGGGGUUCAGAUCAGGUGAACAAGGAGGCCAUGUCAUUAGAUUUUCUUCUUUUAUACCCUUUCUUGCCAGCCACGCUGUGGAGUACUUGGACGCGUGUGAUGGAGCAUUGUCCUGCAUGAAAAUCAUGUUUUUCUUGAAGGAUGCAGACUUCUUCCUGUACCACUGCUUGAAGAAGGUGUCUUCCAGGAACUGGCAGUAGGACUGGGAGUUGAGCUUGACUCCAUCCUCAACCCGAAAAGGCCCCACAAGCUCAUCUUUGAUGAUACCAGCCCAAACCAGUACUCCACCUCCACCUUGCUGGCGUCUGAGUCGGACUGGAGCUCUCUGCCCUUUACCAAUCCAGCCACGGGCCCAUCCAUCUGGCCCAUCAAGACUCACUCUCAUUUCAUCAGUCCAUAAAACCUUAGAAAAAUCAGUCUUGAGAUAUUUCUUGGCCCAGUCUUGACGUUUCAGCUUGUGUGUCUUGUUCAGUGGUGGUCGUCUUUCAGCCUUUCUUACCUUGGCCAUGUCUCUGAGUAUUGCACACCUUGUGCUUUUGGGCACUCCAGUGAUGUUGCAGCUCUGAAAUAUGGCCAAACUGGUGGCAAGUGGCAUCGUGGCAGCUGCACGCUUGACUUUUCUCAGUUCAUGGGCAGUUAUUUUGUGCCUUGGUUUUUCCACACGCUUCUUGCGACCCUGUUGACUAUUUUGAAUGAAACGCUUGAUUGUUCGAUGAUCAUGCUUCAGAAGCUUUGCAAUUUUAAGAGUGCUGCAUCCCUCUGCAAGAUAUCUCACUAUUUUUGACUUUUCUGAGCCUGUCAAGUCCUUCUUUUGACCCAUUUUGCCAAAGGAAAGGAAGUUGCCUAAUAAUUAUGCACACCUGAUAUAGGGUGUUGAUGUCAUUAGACCACACCCCUUCUCAUUACAGAGAUGCACAUCACCUAAUAUGCUUAAUUGGUAGUAGGCUUUCGAGCCUAUACAGCUUGGAGUAAGACAACAUGCAUAAAGAGGAUGAUGUGGUCAAAAUACUCAUUUGCCUAAUAAUUCUGCACUCCCUGUACAGUCUUACAUGGUUAUGGUACUGUGUUCCAUGAAUCUCACAAAUGGACUGCAUGAUGCCAUAAUCUAACCAUUUGUUGCAUGUCACACAAUCAUCCAUAGUUAUAUCUGAAAAUGUGGGUAAGAAAAAUCCUGAAAAUAUAUCAUAUAUUACAUAUUCUACUGUCCACUAAGUCCUGGGAAGGAGCCUCUUAAUUGUACUGCAGACAAUAAAAUUUAAGAUCAGUGAUUCGCUACAAUGUUCUAUGUAUUGUGGUCAGGAGCCUGUGACCUGAAGAACAUGGAAUGCAACCAGUGGGGAAUCAUGAAAAUAGAAUGGGUAACCAAUUAUGGUUCCCGAUGCUUUUUUAGAUGCCUUGGCGCUUUCAACCUUGCUGCAACUGUUUGGAGAAAACCUUACCCUACAUCACAGUGGCCAAAGGGAGGUCCAUGCGGAAAUUGGUUGGCCUGAGCAGAAUCUUGACCUUGGCCUCAUUAAAAUCCAUUGAAAUGGUACCAAACGUACAAAGCUAUCAACAAAUAUAAAUACUCAUCCUUAACUUGUAUUAGAAAUCUCCCAAAAAGAAUGAAGGCUACAGUGUGACCAACUCUAAACUAAUACGCAUGAUUCUGGAACGAGACAUUUGGCAAGCAGGAUUCCAUGUUCUUUCUACGUUUCUAUGGACAUGCAUAGAAUGCCUUCUGAAAAGCACUCAAUAGUCUAGAACAGUUUUAAGUUAUUUAGUUAAGUUACUAUAUCAGUUAAAAAAUAUUAUUUUUUUAUCACACUUUUCAAAUAUUAAGUAAAUCUAGCAUGUCUCGCACAUUACUUGUUAUUGGUACCAUGUAAAUAUUUGUGCCUAAUGCAUGGAUUAUUGGGUACUACGUAAUUUGUGCUUAAUGCAUGGAUAAUGUUGUGUUAUGUUGUAUACCCGUGUUAUUUUUAUUUCAUUUUAUUUAUUUACGUUAUAUUUUCUACAUGUGAUUGUUGUAUUUUAUGAAGCCUUUUAUGUUGUGGCUUUAUUAUUAUUUAAUAAAUGCUGUAUGAAACUAUUUUGAAGUAGCUAAACUAUUCAAAUCAAAUUAGCAUAUAUAACAUUCUUAAUUCAUUCUUAAUGUUUUCUUAUUUUAAUCACUUAUGUUAUAUCAGCUGAGGUCUUCUAGGAUUUUAAAAAGGCUUCCUCCUUGCCCUUGAUUCAGCCAUUUCCCUAGUAAACAUCACAUGCACAUCAAAACAAUUACUGACUGGGAGACUACACAUUGUUUUAGAUUUUUUUUAAACUAUUUUGAGCGUAAGGUCCCUUGAAAUAAAAACAAUACAAAUUUUUAAUGAUGACACCUAAUGUACUCUUGUACUAGCUAUUUGUAAUUUUAUAUACAGCAGUUAUUUUUCUUUUUUUUUUCUUUUUCAAAUCUAUCGAUAAAAAGAAUAACACAGUAGAAUGAAAAGACCUGUUUAAUGCUUUGCAUUUUUUUUCUUAUUUAUUGUAACUUAUUUAACAAAUAUGCACUCAGGGGCUAAAGACAUCAAAUUAAGUAGCCACUUUAGGUAAUUAGGAUCACUCUCUAUGUCUUUUAUUGGAUUAUAUGUCCCCUGUCACUCAUCUAUUUGAAUAGAUUUCCCAGCUACGAAAAAGACAAAUCGCAUAUAUAUUAUAUAGAAAUUUAAUUUUUUCUUCAAAAUUCUUACCACAAUAAAAUGCUAAUAAUUUAUUCUACAUUGUUGCCAUUGCAUCCCCUCCACUACAAAUAAUUUACUAGGUGAUCGUUAGUGAUUUCCCUUAACCCCUUAAGGACACAACUUCAGAAAUAGAAAGGAAUCAUGACGGAAUAGUUCCGUCAUGUAUCCUUAAGGGGUUAAGAUUUUGAAUGCCAGAGGGUCACGUAAGACUUUUGGAUAGUGUGAGGUUGUGUACAUUGUGUCAUUAUCUGUAAAUCUCACUGUAAUCAUUCUUACAGGAACAAGGUUUUAAGACUUUCUAGUGGGCUUGAUGAUUUGGGCUCUGUAAACUGGGAGCUGCUCCUCUGUCUGCUGGGGUGCUGGUUGUUGGUGUACUUUUGUGUCUGGAAAGGCGUCAAGUCAACAGGAAAGGUACGGAAACUUCCAGUACUAAUUAUGGGUAAAUUCUCUUGCAAAAAUCCGGUAGUAUUGUGCCGGGAGUAACGUUGCAGGAUCCAUGUUCGCUAUCUUUUCCCUGUGCUAUAACAUAAUAUGUCAGUGCACAAUGUAGUUUAGCAGAGCUGGCCAAGUCGUAGUAAUGAAAUUAACCCUUUCUAACCCCGUAAUAGGGUUCCCGUAUGUCUCGACUUCCAAAGAUAAGGUUGUGGUGGCAAAAGAGUGGGGUUAUUUAUAUUGUAUAGAAUGUAAAACUCAUUCCUGAAGGGUCCUUAGUAACUCUCUGUUUCUUCUUAAUACUUGUAAUCGUUUGUUUCUUGUUUAUCCUCCUCAUUAAAAUGGUAAAUAGUUCAGUAGUGACCAGGGCCCCUAAAAUGUCUAGAUUCCUCAUCAACUUGUUACAGCACUACAGCUAAAAUCAUUGGUAGUUUCAUCAACUUUUUCUCUCUGUAGGCAAUACACAUAUAUUUAUUGAGAAUUGUAAUAUUACGAAGUACAGAUUAGCGCAGAUCAGAAUAGUUUCUCUAAAAAUCGGAUAUAAAUACAAUAUUAUGAUUUGCGUGGCAAGACCAUACAGAAUAGAGUUAUAAUUGAUUAAAGGAACACUAUACUCACUUAAAUUACUUUAGCUAAAUAAAGCAGUUUAGUGUAUAGAUCAUUCCCCUGCUCAAUCCACUGUCAUUUAGGAGUUAAAUCACUUUGUUUCUGUUUAUGCAGCCCUAGCCACACCUCCCCUGGCUAUGAUUGAUAGAGCCUGCAUGAAAAAAAAAACUGGUUUCACUUUCAAACAGAUGUAAUUUACCUUAAAUAAAUGUAUCUCAAUCUCUAAAUUGAACUUUAAUCACAUACAGGAGGCUCUUGCAGGGUCUAGCAAGCUAUUAACAUAGCAGGGGAUAAGAAAAUCUUAAUUAAACAGAACUUGCAAUAAAGAAAGGAUAAAUAGGAAGUGUUUAUGGAAGGCUGUGCAAGUCACAUGUAGGGAGGUGUGACAAGGGUUCAUAAACAAAGGGAUUUAACUCCUAAAUGGCAGAGGAUUGAGCAGUGAGGCUGCAGGGGCAUAUUCUAUACACCAAAACUGCUUCAUUAAGCUAAAGUUGUUCAGGUGACUAUAGUGUCCCUUUAAGUCUAAGAUAAUUAUGGCUGACCUUUGCACAGAAUUUAUUGUGAACGUUAUAUUCUACAGUGCACAGGAAAUACCACUGCUAGUCACUGGUUUAUGGGAUAGCUUUGUUCGCUUUACAAUGUGAAGAUUGGGUUUUACAGCAGUGCUAUCGAUGAUAAGACAUUUCUGGCACACAAGGCGUUAACAGGGACUUUGAACUCUCACGAGUCACUUCCCUCGGCUGCACUUUGCGGAUAAAAUGUAAAUGAGAUACUGGAAAAUUCCACUGCAUGAUAUAUGGACUUAACCAUUCAAAAGGCUUUUUAGAUCAUUUGGAAAAGAUAUGAAAGUAAUCACAACCCAUUCUGUUACUAACUGGCAGAAUUAACCCUUUAAGGACAGAUGGUGUGCCAAGGUUGUUAAGAAAUAGUUAGGUUUGCCUUAUUUUUUUGUCACGGUGUCCUACAUGUUCCACCAGAGUAUUUAGUGUUUGGAGGGGAGUAAUGAUCACAUAAUAAUGCAGGCAGUCCCUGGGUGUUUGGGGAUCGCUUACAAUAAGUGGUGCGCUUUCUGAAUGACAGUUCUCAAUGCACUUGUUUGUGCAUAGCAUGCCACCAAUGUAGGGCAAUACAUGUUCGGGCUCCUUUCGGCCUACAUUUAAAGAAGAGUGUUGUGAAUUUUAUAAUUUUCAAUUUCAUAUGGCUGUGGAGUGUAGCACAGGCCCCCUUGAAACCAAAGAGGUAAAAUAAACUGUUGGUUCAGAGCACAUCUUCCUCACUUGUUUAUACAUUCCUUGGGCAAAUUCUAUCUUGAACUUGGCCAUUGCAUGAUUUAAUUUUUAUUGACAUUGGUUACACUAAGUGUUAAUUGUCGAGAAUUCAGUUUUAAAAUAUAAAAGUUUAAAAUGGCAAAUUUAGGCCCGAAAUUGCCAAACUGAAAAACAAUCUCGGUAAGUUUGCAAUGCUUUAAGUUUAGCUAUUUUGGCCAACAGCAGAUGAGGUUACACAAAAAAAUAAAUAAAAAAUGAAUAAAAAACUAGCGAUUUGUCAAAUUUUUCAAAUGUCGUUUUUGGUUACAUUUGGGGAGGGAGUAAACGCAUUUGGCUCAGCAACAGUUAAACAAUAGGAGUGAAUAAAGAAUGAUGGAGGAGGUUUGGGGAGUGCCCUUGAAAUAUCCUUGACAGUUCUUGAUCCCAUUCAUCAGUUCAACCUCUCUUGGUGAGACAGAACUAUUAGUACUCAGGACUAACGAGAUAAGAUUUAAAUCCAAGAUGCUGCGGUUGAGUUAAGGAAAUGCUAAUCAUGGAGGUCAUUCUCUAAAAAAAUAAUUGAAAACCAAAUAGCAAAUUUUAGGACCAAUUGGCUGUAAUGGAAAUCCAAAUUUUCAAUUUAGUUUUUUAGUUCCUCAAAAUUCACUGUUUAGUGAGUACAUUCCUUGGUCUCCGUUUUUUGUUUUUGUUUUUGUUUUUGUUUUUUAAUUGGAACAUUUUGUUUCGUUGUAUCAUGUUGCUAAGUCAUCACCUCGAGGAUUUUUCACAAUCACAUGUCUUCAUAAUAAUCCAACCUCUGGUAACAAACAACCCAAACAAGGCGAAAGCUGUUAUCACUCUGAAAAAUAAUACAAGCAUAUUAUAAACUGGUCUACAGUGCACUUUUUGAAUGAAUAUGUAGUUGUUUACGUGCUUGGAAAAGCUUAUUUUUUUAUUUUUUAAAUUCUUGAUUUUGUUAUGACAGAAGGCAUAAUUAUAAACAAAAAAAAAUCAAGGCUUGUGCAAAAGCCAUCUUAAGAUGCAUUAUCUUAUUGUACAUUUACAGUGUAUGAGUACAGAAUAAAAAAUUGGGUAAGUUGUUGCACACAUUAUGUUUGCGGGAAGUGUGGCGUCUCGUUGGUGGUCUGUCAAGGGUUUCCAACGUCCAGGUGGUGUUGGAGUAGAAGGGUGGUGGGGUGUCGGUGCGCGCCUGGGGGGGUAUGUGGGUAGUAAGCUUUUCUCGGCAGGUGGUCUAGUCGGUGUUCCGGUCGUGCCGGUUGCGGUUUGGUGUGGGGAUGUAGCGUAUACCUAUUGCUGGAAAAGCUUUUUAAUAACUAAUGACACUUGGAGAGAAUUCAACAUGAUUAUCUCCAUUGGGCAACAUUUAAAAAAAGAAUAUCUGCCCAUUCAUGCUGCAUGUUCACAGAAUUUCCCCCAAAUCUCCCUUUCUAUCCUCUGUCAUUCUUCAUAAUAUCCAUGUAUAUACGACAUGACUCCUAAUUACGCCUCUGUUGAAUGUCCCUCCGUUGUCAUUUUUUCAGACUGAAAAAUUCUUUCCCCUUUUUUCUUAACCCGGAGUUUGCAAUUUCUCUGAACUCAGGAUACGAGUUUAUCUUAGGACUCCGUGGCUAUAAAACUCACAGUGGUGUUUGUUUAGACUCUGCUAAGUGUGCAUGUAAAUUAACUUGUGUAUAUAAAAUUAUAUGGCUUAUAGCCAUUUAGAAUGCUGUUCUUCAACAUGAAGAAUUGCUAAACUAUUCCAGCGAUAGUUCUAAAACAUUAGACCAACCUUAUUCACUAAAGUGAGAAUUAAUUCAAAGUUCAAAGGGCAUUCAUAAUUAAUUUAACUGAACUGUCCCUUUAGAAUUGUAAACCAAUACGAGGCAUGUGAAAUAACUUUUUUCCAAAAUAGCCGAAUUGGAUACUCUGCAUCCAAUUUGGCUAUUUUUAACCUUAAAUUUUAAAUACACUUGGAAUUGACAUGGAAUUCCUGAAAAGUCCUACUUUAUUGAAUAAGCCUGUUAUCAUAUUCAGAGCCUUUGAUUUUAAGAUACUGGCUGAUAGUCAGAUGAUUGAUUUAUGUAGGUUGACAGCUUGAUGCAUUUGUACAUCAAUAUUGGAUUUCACUGUCCCUUUAACGAGCGGGCCUGUUGACUCUACUCGUCACGUAUAACAUUCUCACUGGCUGAAAUCGACUAGUGUAGUCAUGAGUUGGUUUUACGCAGAACAUGUAAUGCGCUGUGCGUGAAUGGUGAUUAUUGGGCUGCGUAUCUCGUGUCCUCUACGUGGAUAGCGAUCACGUCUGCUGUAGACAAUGCUGUAGACCUCCCAGCUUGUGCUUAUGCUUAGCACUUGCAUAUCCAUGAAUGGGAGAUAAGGAUUACUGCAACCUCAUCAGCCUCUGACAAAUCUAGGCCAUUGUCUCUAAAGCCUCUUGGCUGUGAGCACACUGCUUAUUCAGUCAGUCCAUUUUCCAGCCAAUGACCUAUAAAGAGGCUGGCUAGCAGGGCUAGUGACACUUUUUAGAUUACAGACGACAGAAGGAGGUGGAAGAGUGGGAAAGAUGAACGUAAUGUUAUGAAUGAAGCUUGUGGAGCACAGCUCCCACUCUGAGACAUUGUUCCCCGCUGAUUGUGGUAUUUCUGGACCAUAGGAAUGUUCACAAAGAAUGGGGUCAGAUGGAAGAGGCAAGGCUUGAAUGGAACAUGAUGAGAUAUUAUGUUAGAGAAAUUAAUUUCACAUGACCCGUAAUGGUUUACAAUGUUAAAGGGACAGGAAUGCUGCAACUUGUGCUCACUUAAUAUAAAGGAAUACAUUUAUUUAGAGAAAUCAUUAAGUAUGUGCACUCAUUAAAUUUUUGAGGGAAAAGCUGUUUUUCACUUUUAUACUCCUGUGCUAAUACUUGUCGAUCACUUUGGGGACCUUUCACUAUGUAUAUUUUUGUAUGUGUUUUAGAUUUUUGUUUGCUACUACAUAAAUUAUAAAACCUUUCGUUUUAUCUGAACACUCUCAGUGGGAGGGCAUAUUACCCCCGAUAACUUUCCUACAUUCAAUUUAAUAGAGCUAUAUUUGAGCAGAUGUCCCUUUUCAUUCGCAGACUACGAUAAUGAAAAUAUUUUUAGCAUUUCCUUAAAUAGGAAACUAUUUACAGUGUGCUAAGAUAUUUCUUUCUGAAUGCGUAGUUUAUAAGCCAACUGCCAUACAAUCAAUAAUAUGUUUUCAGGGGCCGAAGCCAACCAGUAGUUCCCCAUUUAUAUAAAAAUAAGCUUGCAUCGAGUACGUACCUUUUUAUGAAUGUGGAGCUACUGAUUUUAUGCUGCCAGAACAAUUCUAAUUUUAAAGGUCCUUUGGUUUCUUAACUCAUCUUUUAAUUUCUAUAUUUCAGAUUGUCUACUUUACUGCCACGUUCCCAUACGUGGUUCUUCUCAUACUUCUUGUCCGUGGUGCUAUGUUGCCAGGAGCUGGAGAAGGUAUCAUUUACUACCUGAAGCCUGAUUGGUCAAAGCUUGGGAGUGCUCAGGUAGGAGCCUAUAGGCAAGAUUUAAAUCAUGUAGAAAUCCAGAACUUUUCUUCCCAAAAUGGUUUAGAGCAUGCUCUUGGUUUCAACCAGAUUAUUGAUUGAUGUUAAAUUAUCCAUCUGAACUGAUUGUUAAUUGUUAUGUCCCAUCUUAAUAGUUCUUUUUCAAUCAACCACGGAAAGAUGAAUAGUCUUAAUGAAGUCUUGGGGUCUCGGGUCUGAAUGUCAAGAGACAUGGCAAUUGGCCAACUGAGCUAUUUCUAUGAGUUGUUCCUUUUAUGUUUCUUUGCGUGGCUGUUAUAAUUAAAUCAGAAAGUCAUACAUACAUUUUUUUAAAAGGAUUAAAUUAUAUCCCACUUUUAGUCCUGUGUGGAGAUGACACCAUGGUGCUUGAUAACCAAGGCAAGGGGCAUGCAAACCAAAUAACACCCAGCAAAGUAGGGUUAUCGAGCUCUCUUCAUGGGAGGGUUCUACUGCUGUGUGACACAUCUUGCUCAUACCUCCUCUAGCACCACCUGCUACUCACCUAGCCAUCACUACCAUAUUGCCUGUUGUGGUUAAUAGACAGGUGUGUGGAGCCCUUAGACAAUGUCCUAUGUUGACUAGAAGUAAAUAAAAUGUAUAUUUUGGACAGUGUUUCACAUGUAAAUUAUAGAUGUCUUUUUUUGUUUUUGUUUUAAAAGAGUAACAAAUUGGUACAUGUAGCCAUUGAUUAUCAGGUUAAAAGAAUAAACCAUAGUUGUUUUGCCCAUUCUUUAGCUACCAAGAAUGGAUUUCUGAACACUUUGUAAUCUGCCUCUUAUCUCAUGGUCUAGGUGUGGAUCGAUGCUGGCACUCAAAUUUUCUUCUCCUACGCCAUAGGACUUGGAGCUCUAACAGCCCUGGGCAGCUAUAACCGCUUCAACAAUGACUGCUACAAGUAAGAGGCAGCUGUUUAAGCAAACAUAUUUAGACUAGGUUUUACCACAUAAAAUACAGUUAUGCAACUUUUACCUAGCAUUGGCAUCAGUAACAUUUCCUGUGGCUUUGAGUUACUCCUGGAAGGGGCAUCUGGUACACAGAUUGCCAGUGAUCCAGUUUAUUUCGGAAAGAGGGACUAAGAUCCCUCUCAAUCUUAGAUGGCUAUGUAUGCCUUGAAAAUACUUUGCGGUACAUCUGAAUCAAAAUCUAGAACAUUAGAGAUUGUCUCUACGUAGACUAGAAUACUCAGUGGCUUUGGUUCCAUGAUUCCGGCAUGAGAAUCCAAAGGCCUUAGCCAAUAACAAUGAUGUGUGAACAUAAGAAAGAUUGGCAGAUGGUAUGAUAUCUACAGAGAAGUAUACAUUAGCAAAGCCUAAAAAAGACAUACUGAGCUACAACUCUUUAACAGUUUUUGAUGUGAUUUAAUAUCAAAUUUUUCCUUUAUCAUUCUAAAAAUCAUUCUUUGUUGCAUUACCAUAUCUAUUUAACUAUUCCUUUUAUUUCAAUAGACGGCAUAUCUUCUAAACAAGGAGCUUAACAUAAUUUUACCACGUAGUUAAGCCCGUAAUUUAUCACUGUUGCGUCAUACAAGCCUCAUCGGCUAUUUAUAUCAUAGAAAAUGUAUAGUAUUCAAUCACAUUAAGACUCUCUUUGUCAAAGCAGGUCUCAGGUCUCCUUUAUGGUGAACUAUUUUAUAAAACCUUUAUUAAGUAAGGAUAGAUUUUAGUUACUCUCCUGGUAGACUCUGUUACUUAGAUAAAUACCAGUGAAAUCAUCAGCUUAUAAGGAAUCCUCCUCCUGGGACCCAAGAAAUCAACAGCUUCAGUGUACAAAAACCAGUAAUAAAAAUAUGACUCACUCUGUCUUUGUAGACAAUAUAAAUUUCAUAGAAUUAACACUUUGUGAUUUAUUUUCCUGAGUCAGUGAUUGAGUUCUAAAGUGCUGUGUAAAUUUGGAACCUAUAUCAUCUUGGCCUUGUAUGAGAUAUUUAUCCAUCUCAACUAUAUUGGCCUAAAUGUAACCGUUUAUUGAAUAAGACCCUUGUUAGUGCCGAUGUGGUGAGAUGAGCAAAAUAAAUCCACAGCAUUAAGAUAUGUUGAUUUGUUUUGUUUUUCUAGGUAAAAAUCCCAUGAACCUUUUACCACUUUUUAUUUAUUUUAAAUAAAAUUGCUAUAUGAUAUGUAGUGUGGAGCAAAUGACAGAAGAACAAUCUGUUCGUAGCAAUGUGGAUUUUGAAGGGAUGGCCACUUUAAGAAGCUCAGCUACUGGGCUCUUGACAACCCUGUGAACGAGAGAAAUUAAUGUCUGGCUAAGAGCAGCUGCUGUAAGCAGAGCCCUAUGAGGCAGUAGGGCAUGACACCUCGCUCAGCUGCUGUGGACAACACCAAGGAUCAUGUUCUGUUUUCAUUUAUAGGCUAGAGUGCUGUGACCAUGGAAGGCAAAGGGGGUUCUUGUUGGGCUAUAGUCUUUCUUUCCCUUCACAUUCCGUCCCCAUGCUUGGUGGUCAGAUCUCUGCAUCUCUUAUUUUUCCUGUAUUUAACCCUGUGACUGCUAUGUGGUAAUCAAUGUAUGCCUCUUAUGGUGUGUUGCAUAGCUAAAGGGUCAUUUUAAGUUCCAUAGAAAGUUAAAGCGGCACUGUCACCAUUUGGGGACUUUUCCAAAUUCGCCAAGUACCCUAAUGGUAACAUCACCGCUGGGGGUCCGGUGGCCGAGGGGAGCAGGUAAAGGUGAGUUCUACUUACCUAAACCUGACACUCGCGGGUCCAACUAUAUUGGUCCGGCGUGGUCCUCCUCAGUGCUGACACCACUGCUGUGCACUCGCUCAUGCGCAAGAGUACAGCAUCCAUGGGGUCUUGGGAUCUUUCAUAGACACAGCCAAUUCCGUGCAGCUGUCACUGUUGACAGCUGCAGAGACUGACACUUCGACUCUGCCUUGUUUCAAAGAAAGUCAGGCGUAAGAUUCUAUCUUUAUGAAAUAGUCAAUUUUCAUAGGGGAUGACAGUGCCGCAUUACCAAUGUUGCAUCAUUGCACCCAUCCUCCUAUCUGUGAGUGGCUUACAACUACAGCAAACUAUAGAACAUGUUGCCACUACUACUAUAAGACAGCCCUCUGGAGCUGUCAAUUAGUCAGACAGAAUUCUAUCUUCCAGGAUGACUGUAUCAGUUUUGUCCAAAUGGUGUGAAUGGAAUGCACAUGCUACACAACUUAAAUUGAGAUCUGUUUUCCACAUGGACUGUGCCAAGCCGCAGUUCGUGUAUACCUUUAGGUUUACUAAACCAUUAACCCACUUUUUUUAACAGAUAGCAGCCAUGGUAUGGCUGCUAUAUACGUUUAUAGAACAGUUCCAUUCAUCCUAUGAUCUUGCUGGAGAUGAUUUUAUAGUAUAAGAGAAGACCCCUUAGAACAUAAUAAGAGACUCAAGAUUGGUGACCCAUUUCAAGGUCAAGGAGGAAUUUGUUUGCUGUAGACAAGGUGAGUUAUAUGUACAAGAACCUGUCCUUCACGGACUCCACCGUGCUGUUCCUGCCGGUCCUCUUCAGCUCAUGGUACUUUAGCUGCCCGGAGCCCAAGUCAGCAUUGUAAUCUCAUGCGCGAGAGUACAGCACUGGGGAGUACAGAGGAACCCACCGACCCGCAAAACAUUAGUGACUACUGAGGUUUGACAAAAGGGAGUACUGCCUUUUUGUCAGGCUUGCCAAGUGUAGGAAAAAUACUAAGAAAAGGUAGUCCCAACUUUGUCUCUCUUUUGCCUGAGCUGAAAUUUCAGUGAAGUUCCAACACAAUUAAUGUGAGUAUUUAAUAAAAAUGUUAUCUUUAUCAAAUACUCAUUUUGGAAGGGGGGUAGUUGACCGUGCCACUUCAAGGUGUAGCAGGUUUUUUUGCCAAUCUUUCCCAUCAAAACUGGGCACAGCAUCGUAGAUAGAAGUCACAACUAUAAUGCAAAGCUGCUGUAAGAACAUAUUCUGUUCUCCACAUUCAGCUCGUUUUUCAUAGACUUUUCAUUUUUCUGAUACCUGGCCCAUGCACUUACCACCAUCAUCAUUGUGCCUAAUCUCUAAUGGGUACAUUGAUGUACUGUGGGUUCCAGUAGACAGGCGCCUUUAGUUCCAUAAAUAAUUCUCGUGUACAGGAUGUGCUUUGAAUCCACAAGAGCUGCAGCCAAAUUUAUGUGACGGUUCUAAUCUCUAGAGUAUAUUUAUGGUAGGCCCCCCACAUGGUUAAUGAGAUGUUGUCACCACUGUCUUAUGUUAAGAGAAGGUUACAGUAUAAAUGAAAGAAUGAUUCAAUGCACCUUGCCUUUCUCAGCUUCACUAGUCCUUCUCCUAGCAACCCUACUCAGCAAAUAUUAGCUUGAAUAAACAAGUCCAUAGGUUUGCCAUGGUAUCAAACAUGCAUUAUAUGCUUCUUGUUGUAGAUAUGUGAAGUUUAUAAUAUGUUUCUGCUUGAGAGCAAUGAAUGCACUUAGAGUUGACAGGUUGGCGACAAAUUUAAUAAACUUUUCCGCUUCCUGUGUUCUCCUAUAGAUCUUGGUGAUAAUAUAUACAGAUAUAUUAACAUGAAUAUCCCAGGAGCUACAGCGUUUUUUUUCUUCUUUAUUUAAAGUUUUAGACAUUUUAACAUUUCUACUUUAUAACUGGAGAAACAGAUCUGCUACUUUUUACAUCUUAGCAUCCAAUGUAAAAAUGCUAAAUCGCUUUCCACAUCAGUUUGCACUUUAAAAAGUUUAAAAUGUAUGAGUUAAAAACAAAACAAAAGAAAAGCAACCUAAAAAUGCACAAAUUUAAUAACCAUCCCCAUACCAGAUAUUUUAAUGACCUAAAUAUACAAUAUAUACUUAAAGGGUUGCUCCAAACACCAUCACCACUUCAUAGAUUUGAAGUGGUCAUGGUGCCUGGAGUCUGUAUAUGCAGAGUUUCACUUUGAAACACUGCACAUACAAGGAUUAAACCCUCUGCUGACAGAGAUGUAACUCAGAGAUGUAACUGCGCCAACAACAGCGUUUUAUGAGUCUCAUUAGCUUAAAGGAUCACUAUAGGGUCACGAACACAAACAUGUAUUCCUGACCCUAUAGUGUUAACACCACCAUCUAGCCCCCCUGGGCCCCUCAUGCCUUCAUAAAUAUAGUAAAAUCUUACUGUAUUCAAGCCUGAUGCUGUAACUCUGCAUGCUGUUAGACUCAGAAAAACAAGCAGUCUGCUGACAUCAUCAGAAGUGGUAGCCUGAUCCAAUCACAAUGCUUCCCCAUAGGAUUGGCUGACACUGAUCAGGGGCAGAGCCAGCAUGAUUCAAACACAGCCCUGGCCAAUCAGCAUUUCCUCAUAAAGAAGAAUUUAAUCAAUGAAUCUCUAUGAGGAAAGUUCAGUGUCUGCGUGCAGAGGGAGGAGACACUGAAUGUUUGGAUACAUUUUAGGCAGGCAUGACCCAGGAAGGAUCUCGAACAGCCAUCUGAGGAGUGGCCAGUGAAGUUAUCACUAGGCUGUAAUGUAAACACUGCAUUUUCUCUGAAAAGACAGUGGUUACAGCAAAAAGCCUGAAGGUAAUGAUUCUACUAACCAGAACAAAUUCAAUAAGCUGUAGUUGUUCUGGGGACUAUAGUGUCCCUUUAAUGUCAAUUAUGGGCAACUUUUAGAAUUUCGCUCUUUGGUCAGCAGACGCUUCCAGCUUCUGCAGCUCCGCAGAAUCCAUAAACAUGUCACUAGACCAUCAGGGAGCAUCAGAACCCAGCAGAGAGCAGUAAGAGGGUAAACUGUUACUAAAUGGUUUCCCAAAUUGCUGAGUAACCAGGCCAGGAGUACCUCAUAAGCUCUACAGAGGGCUGUAGUGGUUAUGGUGCUUGGAGUAUCCCUUUAAUAGUCUUUUCAGGCCAACUGCAGAGUCCUGCUUACAAAAAUUCGAACAGUUGGCCAUCUUGAGCUUAUUUGAGCAGGGCUUUCCUCACCUCUUUGUUCGGUCUACUUUAUUUAAUUUGUCAAUGACCUGCUGUUUUAAAUUUUGUAAAUAAUGUAGAAUAAGUUGGCACUGCAUUAGUGAUGGUGACAUAAUAAUAAUAAUAGUGUUCAUGUAAGCUUUUGAGAGUGCAGUCUUGUGCUUAAUCUUGUGCUUAAGUCAUGUGAUGUUUGCUUUACGAGACUUAAAACAUCCCGGUGAUGACGCAGAUAUCAUCUGCAGCUCAAUGUAAAAAUAAGAAGAAAUAAGUAAUUAUAACAACCUCUUUUCUCUCUUGUUUUCCAGGGAUGCCUUCGUACUUGCACUGAUUAAUAGUGGGACCAGUUUCUUUGCCGGAUUUGUGGUUUUCUCCAUCCUGGGCUUUAUGGCAAAUGAGCAGGGGGUACACAUAUCAAAAGUGGCUGAAUCGGGUAGGUAUCUGCUGUUAACUAAAGGUUGAUGGGCAGUGAAUGGGUGCCCUUUUAGUCCUGAUAGAAUUAUUUUUAUGUUGCUUUGUCCUGGGUCUUCUGGUAUAUUGAUCUUUUUUUCUUUAUAUAGGUCCAGGCUUGGCUUUCAUCGCAUAUCCACGAGCAGUGAGCUUGAUGCCAGUGGCCCCCCUCUGGUCAGCUCUGUUCUUCUUCAUGCUGCUGCUUUUAGGCUUGGACAGCCAGGUAGAGUUUCUGUUGUUCUAAUUAUUUUGGACAGGAAGUGGGUAGCCUCUACUUAAAGUUGGAAAACUCUGGCAGUUUUAUGGUCAGCUAGAUGACUUUUACAUGACAGUUCCCUGGUUCCAAACCCUGAAAUAACUAAAUCAAUUCCUAUCUACUGGGGUUCUAGAUUAAAGAGGAAUUAACAGAGUCAAGUGCGUUGCUAGGUGUACUUAGAAAACAGAAAUCAAAAUGGGACAGUGUUUGAGAGGUUUUAAUAUAUAUAUUUUUAAAUAAAUGUACCAUAUGACUUGAUCUUGAUAAGGUUAUGUUCCUGGUUUGGUUUUUUUCAGUUUGUUGGUGUGGAAGGUUUCAUAACCGCCAUUCUUGACAUGCUGCCUGCCCGCUAUUAUUUCCGUUUCCAGAGGGAAGUCGCUGUGGCCAUUUGCUGUUUCGUCAUGUUCCUUAUUGACAUCUCUAUGUUAACAGAGGUAAGCUGAACAAAAUCACUGUCAUAAUCUGAAAGCAUGUUUCCCAACUCAUUGAAGACUCAAUCCAAUACAAUAGAGAGGGAUUUACUACAGGUAUCACAUAUUUUGACAGCCAGCUUGCAGAGUGCCCGGAACACUCUAGGGUAUGGCUGGGCAAAAGGUAGAUCCCCAGAUGUUCUAGAACUACAAUUGUCAUGAUGCUUGCAUUUAGAUUGUUAACGCAUUGUGGGACCUGCAGUUCUACAACAUCUAGGGAUCUUAUGUUUAUCCACCCCAGAUCUGGGGCAGGCUAAGCAUUUACAUGAUAAACUUGUGCUUGUAAAAUUGCAUUUUCAAGUGCUAUCUAGUGCCUCUAGGAAUUUUAACACAUUAAAACAGACCCAAACAGUAGAACACAGAUUCAACCUACUAGAUCCUCGAAUGGAACAGAACCUAGAUCUUGCUAGAUCCUAGAAUAGAACAGAGGCUAGAUCCUGCUAGAGCCUAGAAUGGAACAGAGGCUAGAUCCUGCUAGAUCCUAGAAUGGAACAGAACCUAGAUCCUGUUAGAUCCAAGAAUGGAACAGAACCUAGAACCUGCUAGAUCCUAGAAUAGAACGGAACCAAGAUCCUGCUAGAUCCUAGAAUGGAACAGAACCUAGAUCCUGCUAGAUCCUAGAAUAGAACAGAGGCUUGAACCUGCUAGAUCCUAAAUUGGAGCAGAACCUAGAUCCUGCUAGAUCUUAGAUCGGAACAGAACCUAGAUCCUGCUAGAUCCUAGAAUGGAAAAGAGACUGGAACCUGCUAGGUCCUAGAAUGAAACAGAACCCAGAUCCUGCUAGAACCUAGAAAGGAACAGAGGCUAGAACCUAGAUGGAACAGAAUCCUAUAUCAUUUAUCAAUACAUUCCUUUACCAAGAUAGCUGUGAUCAUGUAAAGUGAACGUUUCCAAAUUAUCUUCAGUGCUUAAUUCUUACUGUAAGAUUGGUGCAUACCCUACUGAACUAAGAUCACUUUAGCUGAACAAAUUUGUAUAUUGUGUAUUUGUGGAUUGUAGCUAUUAGUAAUUAAACAGUGGAAAUUAAAUCUUGGAGGAUACAACAAACUAGAGUAUCUUUGUAAGUUGUAUACUCCAUUAUUCUUAUUUAUUGUUUUAGCAUAAAAUACAAAUGAAAUACAAAAGUAAUUUUGAUUUAAUCAAACCAUUCUAUUUUAAGGCACUGUCGUAGGCUAUCUCCAUUAGGCACACUUGAUAAAACAUCUGGAUGCUGAUGUUAGUUAUGUCUACAUUCAAAAGGGUGUUUAAAUAACAUUAAAAGGUAUUUGUGUUUCCCUGCAGGGCGGGAUGUACAUCUUCCAACUUUUCGAUUAUUAUUCUGCCAGCGGAAUGACCCUCCUUUGGCAAACCUUCUGGCAGUGUGUGGUCAUUGCCUGGGUGUAUGGUAAGUUUUUAAGCACUGUGGGACAGGAACCUCCGAUCUUUAUGUGUAACGGUAUUGUUCCUACUUAUAACAUUUGUAUAAUCAAUGUAAAGCUUUAUCUACCUUAUGCAAUACAACCAUUGUACAUGUUAUAUACAAUGCGGCGUUUGAUUUAUAGCAAAUUAUUCAAUAUUAUAAUCCCGAACCAAUAUACAUAUCUACUUCCUGCUGAAAUUCUACAAUAGACUAAUUGGUUGUAAAUUAACGACACAACGGUAUUCACUUACAAACAAGUGGAUAUUCCAUAAACACAGCUUAAUGGUCAGUAAGAUUAUGACAUUGCUGUUGGCAGCAGUACAAUCCAAUCCAAUAUUUCAUAAUUGACCUCCAGUCUAUAUGCAUUCAUAUUUUGCUCACCACUCUCUCUUGGCCCUUGUUCCAUCCCGUAGGACCUCCUCCACGACCAACACUACCAAAGCUAGUUUUAAGGGUCUCCUGACACUUCCUGUUCUUAUUUUCAAUUCUUUACUCAGAAUCAGGACAAAGGCUUACGUUUAAUAUUUUUGGAUACGUUUUUCUGUAGAUAAAACAGAUUGUGAUCAUUUCAAAAACUCAUCCAAAACAAGUAAAUCAAGUCCAAUUGUAGAUUGUACAUCAAAACAAUACAAAAUCAAUAAACCAGAAAACAUGCAUAGGAAAGGGAAGAGACCAUGUCUUUUAAUGCUGCUUGGGGACAGAUGUGGAUAUGAAGUCCUUGGGGUCUAAUAGGGGAUGAAAGCGCUCUCUGUCAUUGAUGGCACCAAUCCAAAUUCCACAUUUCUUUGUGUGACCUUUCAUACGGAGAGGACCUAAAUAUGACGUCAUUUCCCUGCAUUCUUCAGCCUGAGCAGUAUUAUUAAAUAUUAUAUAAAUCGAUGGCAUCUCAGAGAUCAUUUCCCCAAAUAAAUCAUGAAGAGAGAACAGAACUGCAAUGUCUACAUUUAUCUCAAGCCCGUCAUUAUUGCUGGGCUGUGGAGGGGGUGGGGAACGUGCUCCUUUUGGAAACUGAUUAUUAAAUCAGAAAUAAAGGACAGCAUUCAGGAACUGUGCUCACUGAGCUGAGCUCUUUAAAUGCCCUUACAAUUUGCUUUGCAGUAGAUGCACUAUGAAAGUUACCUCUGAAACCUUGACCUUCUGACGGUGACUAUAGCUAUGAAUAAGGACAUUGUCAAGGUUAUUGAAUGAAGUGAGCAUUCAAAGUGAAUUUUAAACUUAAGGUCAAAAUAGCUGCACUGGAAAAUUUCUCUAAUCCAGCAAUAAUUUCAGUUCACCUACUCUAGCCUUGAAUUUGAAAUUCUCUUUGAAGUCUCAGUUUAGUAAAUAGUCCUGUGUGUCUGGUGUCUUAUGGAGGGGAGGGUGAAAUUAUGAUCUAACAUUGAACAUGUGUUGAAUCAUUGGGUGAGAAUUAUCAGAGGGUACUGUUCUGAAAUGAAACAAAGUACUAAAAGAGGGACAAUCAUCAUGAAAACAAUCAAUUGGUGACACUUUGUAGAAAAGAACACUUUGAUAAAUACACUCCAUUGUCCCACGCAUUCUGCAUAACUCCAUUUCUUAAUGAAUUGCAGUGCCUGUCACUCUGAGCCAGAAUCGUGAUGAUGGGGGGAGUUGGAGUGCAGAAACUGCUUUUGAGAAAUGUUGCCAUGCUCCUAAACAUUGUCUUUCAGAGAAUUGCACAUGCUCUCACAAAUACCAGGUUAACAUUUACAUUAUUAACCCUACAGGUGCUGAUAGGUUCAUGGAUGAUAUUGCUCGUAUGAUUGGUUACCGCCCCUUCCCAUGGAUGAAGUGGUGCUGGUCUUUCAUCACUCCUUUUGUUUGUAUGGUAAGUCAUAAUUAAAAUCUUCGUUCAUGAGUAAAACGGCAACAUGUGGCGUUGAGCUGUACAGUGAACAUUUAUAAAGGAGGAUCUUUAUCACAGUGCCAUGCUCAGAAAUAUGGUAUAGCAUUCUAAAAGUAGGGCAAUCACCAUAGAAACAAGUGGAAUCGUAACUAACAUUCCACUGGUAAUUACUCAAUUUUUGCAACUUUCGUUGCAACACAUUGAUAAAUCUCCCUCCAGUAUAGAAAUAGUUAAAGAUUAUAGAUACCAUUUCAGAUACACUUGCGGAAAGAGAGAGUCAGCACAUGUACACGGGGCUGUCAUACCGUUUGACAAGCCAUAAGGCUGCGAUCAGUUUAUAGAGCACGCCAGUUAAUCCUAAAAGAUGAAGGGAACUGCUUCUAAGGAACAAACUACUUAUCCCAUGAACAUUUGAAGAAUACCAUAUGUAUAAAUUAUGAUUUCUGUCUAUAUCAUUUAUUAAACACAUUAUUGUUUCCCUGUAAUAGUAAGAUGUGAUGAAUUGGCAAGUGGCCUACAAAGAUUUUGACAAAAAUAUCUAACUUCAAUAAAAUUCUGCAGUUCCAAUAGUUUACUUAUCUGUUCUCCUAGUUCGGCUUAUUUGGUCUAAGUUUUGCAAGCCUGUUGUUAACUCAUCACAGUUCACUGUAUAGCGAAUAAAUCCAUUUAUAACACAACCACAAAGUAUCCAACGCUUCAUCCUUGGGGAAUCGCAGUUGAUCAAGAUAUUCCCACACCAACAGCUGGGUCUGAACACUUGUCGCCUUGUCAAUCCUCCGUGUCCCAGAAAGUAACAGACAAUAAGCGAUGUGAGAUCUAUUACUAGAUUAGGGUGUUCCAUGCGCGACGUCUGCAGACUGUACGCUUCUUGUGUGCUUUGUAAAAAAAAACAAGGCAAAAAUAACAACUGGAUACAAACCAGAUUUAAUAGAUUGUACAAUGAAUUCAUUCUUUAAUCAGUUUUCCCUGUUUGCUGUAAACUGUUUAUGUUUAUGAAUUACUGUCCCAUUCCGUGAGAUCAGACAAUUUACGAAAUUUCCAACGCAAAUUUCGAAAUGCUGGAAAUAUUUUGAAAAUAGUGGUUGGAAUUUCGAAUGAUUUGUAAACAAAUUUGCAAAGAUAACGUUAUCGGAAGACUUUCUCUGCAAACUUAGGUAAUUGAUAUUCUUCGAAACACAAACAUUUCAACCGGUUGUAAAUGGGAACGAAGCCUUGAGCAAAAUAUACCCACUUUUACCCACUGUGCUCUAUCCUUGCAGUGCCGUGAAAUACAACAAAUAAAGUGGGUAUAUUUCAUUCCCAAACUGCGUCCCAUGAUAGAUUUGUUCAGGCCACCUUUCACCUUUGGGAGUACCGAUUCUAAUUUUCGUGUUCCUAUGCAAUCACAUUGGGAUAAAUUGCUUCAUAAAAAGUAGGAUCAUUUCGAUGUCUAAACUGCAGUUACAAGGACACUCUUAGGAAGCCAUAACUAUUCCAGAGACCUGAAUUAACCUUUAAUAAAAACAUGUUCACGUUGCUUACUAAGAUGCGGUGCUACUGAAGAGGUCAGACAUUCUGCCUAAUAGCAGUGGGUUGGUGGCUGUACCCAGCCUUGGUUAAUCGCCAUUGACUUUCACUUGUCUAUUUCAAUGAAUAUUUCCUAUUCUAUAACACGCAGGUCUGCACGUAUCUUUCUGUGUCUUGCUGCACCUCUCUGUCUGAUACAUGGCCAUUGGAUGAGAAAUAUAAACUAGCAGUAAACAUGUACUAGUUAUCAGGUUUUACAUACCUGACUUCUCACAUAUUUGCACGCAAGCAGACACUUGACAUGUAUUAGCCUUCAGGCAUUACAUGCUACUUUGUCACAUACACAUGCACACAUGCAGACACAUGUAAAAUCAAAAACGUGACGCACUCAUGUCUAAAAAUAUAUUUUUUGCAUGUUACCCCCUGGUUUUUGCUAGCUCCAUAGCAGAUCUUGAAGAACUACUUUUAAGUAUGCAACAACUACACUGUUAUGUCGUGCCUAGACAUUUCCCAAGCACCCUCCGGAUUGUAUUUUGAGUAAUCAUCAUUAAAAGCGUGCAUACCACCUAUGUACUGCAACAUACCUUUCUAGCUAAUUAUUCCCUACGUUUAUUACUUACUUUCCCGCUGAGUCUUUGUUGCUUACUGUAUUCUAAUUAAAUUUUAGUUUUUAGUUUGGUUUUUUUACUACAAAACCACAACGUGUAGAUCUUAUGUGCUGAUUGUAAAUCUACACUAUAAAUCAUUUUUCUUUACCUUUGCAAAGCAAUAUCUGUGUUUCAAUGCUUGCAGACACUGCAAACAGAUCAUUGUGUUUUGUUUAGUUUUUUUCAGUAUAUAUGCUGGUAUCCAAAAUAUACGGUAUUCUACUGCUGAUUAUCCACCAAGAUCAGAGUAGUUGAUACAAUUAAACCACAACGUAUCUGAUGGGUUUUUUUUAUCCUGUUUGUGAACAUGUGCCAGUGUGUCACAUGCUGCUUGAUGUUGUUAUUGUGCUUUUCUGAUCAGAUGCCAAUUUUCUCCUGUUCAGGCCAUAUUCAUAUUUAACCUUGUGAACUACAAGCCUUUGACUUACAACAAGACCUAUAUAUACCCGUGGUGGGGUGAAGCCAUCGGUUGGUGCUUUGCAAUGUCCUCCAUGCUGUGUGUCCCUGUCACCUUCCUAUAUAAAAUCACACGUGCCAAAGGAACACUGAAAGAAGUAAGUGCCCCUAGCUUUCGUGACAUUUACCAGGUUGGAGGCUGAUUUUUCACUUGGUACAUUUUCUCUUCUAAUGAUAUUUUCACGUACGUUCACCACCACCUACGUGGAGAACAAACAAGGUUUUCUGGGCAUGGUACGUGGGAGGAUGUCUGGGAUCAGCUUCUAGAAACUGUGCCAGGAUCCCAAGGCAACCCACACUUACCUUGGGAAUGUGAGGAGGCUUGCCUUGCAGAAACCAAUCAGAAUGUUGCCUUAUGUUGUUCUGGCUGUUCUUACUGGGAAAAUGUAUUUGAUGGUAAUGCAAGUGAUCAGUCAAAAAGUAGGACACGCACAAACGGCUUACAAAAAAAUGUGUGUAUGUUUGUUUUUUUAAGAGACAUUCUUUAACCUGUACACAUUUUUUCCUAACUGCGAUUUCUCAGUGUGGGCCUGUUUGUUAGUCUACCAGCACUAAUUUUAUGUAACAGGAAAUUGGAUUCUCAAGCUAUUUCAGUAGAUGUGUUUUGUGGUAACCCUAUUCCUGCUAUAAAACCGUGAGACGUUUUCGAAGAGUUCGAGACUAGUGCAGAAACAGAAUUAGCUUAGUUAAGACAGUCUGUGUGAUCUGAAAUAAAUAUAAAAUGCACGAAUGCUUUCAAAACUGGGAUUUCAGUGCAGGGAAUACGUGAGACUAAACUAUACAUCACUUUUGGGUCUUUUCAACUAAAAAGGAUUUUUAAUAUUAUGCUUGCUUAUCCCUUUAAGAGUAAUACAUGUUAAAAUGAGGUGGAUAAUUCCCCCUCCCUAUGCUGCCAUAAAACAUCUCACUUUUAGCAUUGGUAAGUUUAUCCAAAUGAUCCUAAACAAGUAGAACAUUCAGUGCUGUACGGAAUGCUUAAUAACCAGACUUUCAUUACAACAUAAGCCUGUUAUAUUUCAAAGUAGAGUGUGGGCAGAAACGUCUUAAUUUACACACAUCCAUUGAGACUUAGUCUCCCUGCUUGUUUAUUAUGUGCCCGGUGUUACAAAAUGUGUUCUUAGUUUCUUUUUUUUUAAUUUCUUCACAGCGGUGGGCGCACCUGACUGAGCCUGUCUGGGGAGCUCAUCACUUAGAAUAUAUGGCUCCUGAUCAGGAUGUCAAGAGCUUGACCAGCUUAACACCUGUUUCGGACAACAAGGUCAUCAUUUUUGAGAGCGUCAUGUGAAGUCAUCAUCCUCCUGCUUCAGCAUUCUGUGACCAUGUACCCCCGAAAAUGUCAAUUUCAACUCCUUGACCAGGCCAAAAACCCACUCUUCUGUUGCAUAUUUCUCCCGCAACUUCUGUAGUUCCCUCUUGGCAAUAGUAGUAGUAGUGUAUAGUGAAGGCUAAGCUCCAAAUGUGGCUUUCAUCAGCAAUAGGAAAGUCUCAAUUCAGAAAUUCAAUAUUAGUCUUCGUAUUUUAUUAAUCCCAACUACAUCCGAAAAAAAUGUCAACAACCGUUCUGUAGUCUGAGACAGCACUUGGCUACUUGGUGAUAUUCUAUUUUACCCCAGUUUAUUAUUCCUCCACCAACGAAUAGAGCACCAUGUAUUCAAUUAACAUACUGAAUUAAGAGUCCUAAUCCAUCCCAAUCCAGUGUUAUUGAUCAUUUGUUUGGAGAAAAUACCAAAUCAAAGUAAAAACCAUUCUACUGGUGUUAUACGUUGAAUUUAAUGUGAAGAUGGAGAGGUAGCAUGCUCAACACGAUUCUGAUGAUCCAGUCCAUAUAAUGUAUUCAUGGAGUAAUCUUGCCAGAUGCCUACUAUGUAGCAGUUAAGAAAUAAAAUAGGACUUUUAUGAACAUGAACAAAAUAUGAUUCUCUGAAUCCAGCCAUCAACAAGUUUUGAAUGAAGUAAGUUCCAUCUGCUUGUAGGUUUCCAGUGGACCUUCGAAAAAUGGAAUUCUGGACAUAAAUAUAAUACUCUGGACAUCAGGUAGGAGCAGUGAAGUCCUACUGCAAUGGAAAAGAUAAUUGUCAUCUUCAGCUAUAAGAAUGUCCAGUCUUUUAUCAGAAGCAGGCACAAGGAAGAAUUCCACCAAUGUUUUAAGUAAUACUUUAGCCACCUUAGAAGCUGCUGACAGCCUGGUCAGAGAUGUAUAGGAAGGAGGAACAUGGCCAAAAUGUGCAGACUAAUUGAUGAACAGAAGAGUUGCUGAUAGAAAUAAACCCCAUGUCUUCGCAUACUACACACAUCCCAAAAUAUCCUUGAAAACAUACAGUGGAAAAAAAUGUACCCACAAUGUUCUAAUGGGCAGAUCUUGCCAAAGUAAACACUAGUAUUUGAAAGACUACUACAGCAAGCUAAUGCCAACAGUCAAUGAGAUAUCUGUUGCUCUGCGAAUGAGAGCUCUGUGUAGGGUUUAACCCCUUUAACCCACAUUGCCUCUGAAGUGACUUGCAGCAGAGCAGUGCUUUGCUGACCCCUUCUGGAAUAAAUGUAUUAAUGGGAGCAUCCAUAUAACAGCGCUGUGUCUCCGAAGGAAAUGUGUAAAGAAAAAAAAAAAAAUGAAUUUGCACUUUUUUAUAUCCUUACAGUAUACAUGUAUACAGGUAGGCCCUGUCUGGCAACAAAACCCCAAACACCCUUGGAUAGAAAACUUUGCACACAGAUUAGACUGCUGAUUUAACUAGUAUCCAUCCCUGUUGAGAAAGAGUCUCUGCUGCUAGCUGCUACAGAUAUUGCUGUGAAGGUUUGCCAUUUUCGACAACAGGAAGCCAUUUUGCUACAAAGAGUAGCCAUUUUGCUGUGUGGAGAAGAUAUAUCCUGCCUCUGUAAAUAGUGAAACUGAUGCAUUAAUCAAUGCAAGUAUUCGAGUACUUUGGAGAACAGCCAUGCUUUCAUCAAACUACAAGGGGUUGUUGACCAAGUUAUCUUGUGAAUUACUGUUUCCUAGUAAGGAAAUUUAAAAUAUUUAAAAGAUAACAUUAGGCUCAAAUGUUAUUGCUAAACACAUGGAGACAACCCAAUGAAACUACCUUUCGCUACCUCUAAGAUUCUAAAUUCCACCCAAAUGUAGGAAAGCUGGAUUAACCACAAGGAAACUAUUGUCUUGCCCAUGCCUUAGAUUAGAAAACAAAAACAUAUUGUAGCAUGUUUGCUCACUGUAGCUUCCCAAUACUCUAAACCAGUGGUCUCCAACCUAGUCCUUGUGACCCACCACCAGUCCAGGAUUUAUGUAUUUCCCUGUUUUAUUCCGAUGGACAUACACUGACAAAAACGGAACUGUUGGUGGUCCAUGAGGAGUGGAUUGCCACUGCUCUAAACCAUGUGUAUGUAUCCUGCAAUAGGGGGUCCUGAGUUGGUAGUGCGACAAUAUCUUAUUCUGGUGUUCAAUCUCAUCCUGAACAAAGGUUUUGGCAUCUACAACUCUAUAUGCCGUAGUCAACAAUUUUAUUUUUUGGAGAGGCAUGCCUAAAAAGUUGUCAUAUUCUGCAUAUAGGCCCUGUAUGACCACUUUUUGCAAGGCCUACAGAUAAAAUUAGUUCUUUAUUUCUGGUUUUGAAGUGGUUUUCUACUCUGCAUAUGUUAGGAUCUCCAAUAGUUUGGUAUUGACUGCGAUAAACCCCUUUCUUCUUUCCUGUGGAAUAAGAAAGGAAUUUUCUGAAGACACAGAACUACCAAAGUUCCCAAUUUAACCAGAGGUGGUUUGGAACAUAAUAAGUCGUGGUAGCCAUUCAAUGAUAAAAACACACUUGUUUGUUAAAAGAGGAUCUGUUCUAUAGUUUAUUCGGGGGGAUUAUCCAAGAUUACCAGGUUUAUGAAUACUACCACCACCUUAAGCACAUUUUACUAGGAUUGCCUACAGAGUUUACUGUAAACGAAUGUAUUUUCCCAUCCUAAUAUUUCCCAUUGCAGAAUGCUUUGCACACAAUUUUCAAGAUCAAAUUUCUAAUUUUGUUAUAACUAUUUUUUUGUGCCACAGAUAAAGUUUAUUUUUUAUUUUUGUGGGAAGAUGUACAGAGAUAAUAUUUGUAUUAAGUAUCUAAAGUAGAAAAAAAUAAAAUAUAUUUUAUGACUGUGUGCUAGAGGGCACCCUAGGGUGCUUGAAUCACGCAGAUAUUCUGUAUGUAGCACAGCUAUCUUUAUAAAUGGUUUGUAACCCCCGUGUGUUGAGUAUAGCAAGACGUACAUUAACUGUGAAAUAUGGUUUGUCUAAUGGAACUGGCUUAUGUUGCACUAUUUACUAUACUGAUCCUAAAAGAAAACCAGGGAUAGGUAACCUCUGGCAUUUCAGCUGUUUCUGUGGAUGGUAACUAUCAGGAUCCUAACAAGACAUCUUGAUUUACUGACCAUAGCAGGAGUCCAUGUGGUGUGCCAGAGGUGGCUGAUCCAUGGAUACAGAUGUUGAUUAUUAUUAUUAUUUUAUUAUUUAUAUUUAGCGCCAGCAAAUUCCAUAGCGCUGUACAAUGGUGAACUUUUAUCGAAAAAAAAUAUAGGGUGUUCUAUCAAUGGAACACAGUUUGUGUGACUUUACACACAUUUUCAGAAUUUGAAAUAAUUUAGAAAUGAUUAAGUAGAUGUAGUAAUGGGUGAAUAGUUAAAUAGUCAAAGUUCCUAUAUUAUUCUAAAGAGUAUUGGCCACAAGUUUGUGAACAAGACUCCGUAGCAUACCCCUAAGUUAGCUUACUAUACCACAGUUCCCGUAUACUCGAUCACCAAGAUGAAUUCUUAAUGAUCUUAGUGUUCAGUACAGCCAGUGUUGCGGUGGUCUUUACGACACUCCAGAAUGCGUAUGAAGUCCUAAUUGGCUUACCCUUUAUCUGGGGCAGUAGAUUCUGAAAUGUGUCUAUAACAAACUGUUAGACUAAUUGUCCAAAAUACUGGUUAUAUUUUGACUUGACUUUAAGAUCCCAGUUCUCUUGCAUUGGUUAAGUUAAUUACCCCAUGGAUAAUCUCACAAACCAUUUAAGGCCCGUCCAAUUACAUAUUUUAAUUGAUAAUCCUGUAUACUUACAAUAACCAUCCAUUUUUGUCACAAAACCACCAGAUCUGCUUUAUUCCUAAUAAAGUGUAUGAUCCACAGCUCUUUAUUUAAAUGAUAUGGAAGCUUUCAGAGUCCAUGAUACAUUUUUAAUAUGUCUAUGCAUUUCCAGUAACAUUUUUCCAAUAUUAGGAAAAAGUGGAACAAGCCGUAUCUAUAGCAUGUACCAGAUAUCUCACAGAAUCUGGACAGCUUACGGAUACACUGACAACAUGCUUGAAAAAAUUACAAUAUGCAAAUAAACCUAGACGAAACAAUAAGACGCUGGUCGGAGUACGUUUUGUUUCUCUUAGUAACGUAACGUGGAAAAUGAAAGUGUUUCUGGAGAGACGAUUUCCAGCUUGAACUGUGUGUUUUCCUACUUGCCUUAAAAAGGGAAUCCGUUGCCAAAAACGUGUUCACAGCAUAUUGUAUGUGAAGCACAACCCUGACCUUUAAUUAUCACACGGUACUGGUAGUAAGUAAAUGUAUUGAUCAAGACAGAGUGGACUUUAUUGGAUCGACUCUGCUCUUUUUCUGACAUCAUCAAACACAUGUAUAAUUCUCCUUCUUAUUGAAUAACUUGCACAUAAGAAUGCAUAUUUUUUUAUCAAAGAGAAGAGUUUUAUAUAUCGGCACUUUUUAAACCUAGUUUGUUUGUUUUCCCUGUGAAGAAGUGCUCUCUCUUCAAGAUGAUCCAGAUUCGAGAUGUUUACCAGGGCUGCCUAUCCUUGCAGACUGUGCCAAUAUACUAUACAGAGUGUGUAAAGUGUCAUCAUUCACAGAAUUCCCAUGGGGAAUGUUAAACCUUCAUAUAUAUAUAUAUUAAAUAGGAGUGGACAAACUCCGUUGUACGUCCAUAUUUUCUUAUUCUUUGUCCAACUAGUGUAAUGAUUGUCAAACACCAAUGUCAAUAAGUGAACUUUUUAUGGUUUUAUUGAUUGGUUUUGUUGAACAUUUUUUUAAUGGAUAACUUGAAAAUCGGAGCUGAAACCCUCUCUAUUUUCUUGUCACCAAAUUCAAGCUCUGGGCUUGUUCCCAAUGAAUGGAAAUAUUAAGUGUUGAUCCGGGGAAUGGAACCUCAUGCCAUUCUGACACUACUUGUGUCUUAUGCUGUUUCUUAGUCAUCAAAUCGUCUUAUGCACCUUGUGGGGUUAUUUUUAUGUGUGUGUGUGUGAACUGUUUUGGGGGGGGGGGGGUUUUGGUUUGCCAUUUCUUUUAAUUUUCUUGUAAAAUACAUUUUUAAAUGUUGCUGCCUUCCCUUCUAAUUUACCUGCAUUUAGCUGUUGAGUCGGAAUAUUGCACAUCUGGGAACUUUUAACAAGAAUUCACAUAGAGACGGAAAUUAUCAUCACUUCUGGUUCUUGUACCCAAUACAAUUUCAAGUGAAUACCUAGUAUCUCAAAGCCAGCUACAAGAGACACUGAAUCCAGGAUUCACCUGAUUUGGGUCAUUUAUAUAAGAGCCUGGGUUUUAUGCAAUUGUUACUCAAUUUAAAGACAUUAUAUGCAAUCAAGGAGAUUAUGGACUGUAUGAGACAGAAUUUUCCUUUGCACCUAUUGAUGGAAGUAAAAACCCAGAGACUCAGUAAAUAUCGAAAGUUCCCAGGUUUGGAAAUCUGCACCAGCGGAUCAAGUUCGACCCAGCGAUUUUCAGAAAAUACUUGUUUGUUUCUUAGGCUAAGCCUUUUUUUAUGCAGACUCAUAGACUUCACACAGGAACCUCAAAUAAUGCCCAUUUCAAGUGUUAAUAUUAAAACUCUGACCAUUAUUGGGUGCAGUGUGGCAGUUCGUGUGCAUCCCCUUUUUAAUGGAACUAAUGGAAUCCACAAAUUUUUAAUCUGUAUAUAUUGUUUUUUUCUGUUCUGUAUUAUGGGGCUACGUGAUCUUUGGUAGAAUUAUAAGGAGAAAUUAGGAUUGUCUUCUUUAUUUUGGUUUUCCCAUCAGAAUCGGAUUAUUCCCAAUGUAUCAAUCUAUUUAUUACUUUCUUCAUCCAGUUUCCUUAGAGGAUACCAGGGGUGCCCAAAAUUUCGACCCCUAGAUGUUGUAGAACUUCAGCUCCCAUAAUGUGUUGCCUUUAGAAUGACAAAGCAUCAUGGUAGCUGUAGUUUUAAAACAUCUGGGAAUCUACCUUUUGGGCACCCCUGAAGGAGACCCAUGUCACUAUAUUAUCUACAUGCUACUUAGUUUCCGAAUGUUGUUCUUUAACUAAAGUAGGUUGAUUAACUAAAUCUGAAGUAGUGGAGAGCUGCUCAAGGGAAUGCAAAUUUUAGGCCAAUAUUGCCAAACUAGUAAAAUUCUUUGUUAAUCUUUAACUUUUUUUUUUACUUCGCUAUUUUGAAAUUUCUUUUCCAGUUCUUCACAAUUCCAUGUUUAGUGAAUAAAUCCCCAAUCCUCACCACAAGGCAACUUUAAAUUCUGAUAUAACUGACUGAAUGUACUGAAUUAUAACCUUCCCCUAUAUAUCUGUCUUACAGUAUGUUUGAGGUCCCCAAAUGUACUCAAAGGGAAAAACAUAAAGAUUUCUAUAACCAGAGCUUUUCAGCUAUCAUUUGAUCAUUUAGGGCACAGGUAGCUUCAGGAGUCGACCGUUUUGAGGUUUAGCUCAUAAAUUAAAGGAAGAAGCACACUAUCACUUUAAACAAGAACUGGCCAUUUUAUAUUAUAAAACUGAUCGUUCCGAUUUGGUCAGUUGAAUUAAAGUUGUUUGGAAAGUCAGUGGUACUUUCAAAUUUUUCCUGAAAAUCUUAAAUACCCCAGAAAAUGAUGUAGCCCUGGAGAGAAAAUAUUGUCUCCCUAGUUUAACGAUCCUUUAACCCAAGAUUGUGAGUAAAUAAUAUUCAGUUCUGUCGGUUGCUCUUUAAAUAGGGAUAAAACAUUUUCACUGGAAGUGAUAGAAACAGCAUGAUGUGCUAUUUUCUACUGUUUAAAUAUUUCAACAUUUGCAGCCUAAUAAAACUAUGUAGAAGAAAAAUAAAAGCUAUCCCAAAUCCCUUAAACUCAAAAUCCAAUCUGCAGCUUUGAUUAAUGUCCUUUUCAAAAUUUUAUUCCACUUUAUGCUUUACCAUAUGGUUUCUGUUUAGAUAAGGAAAAUGAACAUUAAAUUUAUGUUGGGCUAUAUUUUAACAGUUAGCAGGCUAGACGGUAAUGUAUAACUUUAGAUUAUGUUAUACGCUCCCUUUGAUGCUUAAAGCGGCACUGUCGGUUGUGGGGUCUUUGCAUUUUGUCUCAUCUUUUAACUGUGAUGGGGAUUUGGAAUCUUUUGCUUACAUUGGGAAAACUUCCAACAUCCUCAAAAAAAGAUUUUUAUUUUUUAAUCUACUACAACAGAAGUAUUUUUUAGUAUGCAGUAUAUUCGUUUUUAAAUUUAAGAUUUAUAACUUCUUACCAGCUAUACUGCACCUAUUUCUCCAGCCGACUGGGGAAAACAAUUUUCCCAACUCUCUGAUGGGGCCAUUCAGUAAACCCCUCUCUUGUCCCUUUGUUUAAUAAAUUUACUAGCUUAUUCAGCCACAGUAAAUUAGGCCAAAAUUGACAAGGUAUAAAUAUAGGUAAAAAAAACGUUUUGGAAUCGAAUGUAUUCUAGCUCCGAGUUCCUGGCUCUAAACUUUGCAAAAUCUGUCUCAAAUUCACAGUUUAAUAAAUAAAGUAUACAUUUUUGUUCUAUUUGAGUACCCCUUAAACACACAACUUCUGGAAUAAAAAGAAGUCAUGAUGGAAUAUUUCCGUCCUUAAGGGGUUAAAGCUGUACACGUUCAUUUUUUAACGUAUUUUUACGUAUAAAAAGAAUCAAGCAACCCCAUACAGUAUGUUAGUUAUGUUGAAAACAUUUUUAUAUAUAUGUAUAUAUAUAUAUAUAUAUUUUUGUGUUGUUUUUUUUUUUUGUUUGUAGGAAUAUCCCAUUAGUCUUCCUAUGCAUUGUGAAAAGUUAGAAUGACUGGUUUUGCAAGUUUUCAUGUACUUCUAGGGAUCUCGAGUUUAUUACGUGAGGAAUCGUGAAUCCAAGAUAUUAUUAAGUUCAGAGAUACUGACUGAGAUGACCUGAAAGAGGAAAUCUUUUCGAUAAUUCUGUCCCUUUAAUCACUGUUAAAAUAUCAGUUUACAUUAAAUUCCUAAAGUACCAGAAUGGAUUAAGGCUUCAAAAUUCUUUGAGGAUGUGCAGUAAAUUACAUUUUAAAUUAUGAUAUGAACAAACUUCUAGUGUUAUCAUUGUAUGGACAACACAAAUAGUGAUUAAAAAAAUAGGCUAAAUUGCCAAGUAUUAGAAUUUACUGGAGAAUUUUCGGUUAUACGCAUUUCUCGUCAGAGAUGACAUUUAAGAAGAUGAGGUCUGUUUAAUCAGCCGAGCUAUGGAUAAACAAUACUCGUUUCCAGUUGUAACUAAUGGACUGACGUGACUUUAAGAUUUAACGAAAUGUGCUUCAUCUGCCUCCGAGGGGUCCUAGGAGACUUUUACCUGUGUGUUUAUCAUUGGCCUGGUUUAUUAAAUACUGCUAAGCCAUGAUGUCUAUUCUUGCCCAUUAAGUUAUAUAGGUUGAAUGGUGCCUUAGACCUUGAGUGUUUGGUAAAUGUCACUUUUUUUGCGAUCAACACAAAUAGUAAUGUAGAAACCCUACCACCUGUAUGAGAGCCAAUUUCUAUACUAUCCUAGAGACUGCCGCACUGAACUGCAUUAAUGAGCUUUUAAUGAGUCUUCCCAUAGGAGCUUUAUAAAAAACAAAUUACUACAUACCUCUGUAAAAUAAAACAAUGAGCUUCAUGCUUUUGCACUGUGAUCAUCUGCUAGAUUCACUAAACAUGGCAAUAAUAACAUUAAAAAAGAUUUGAUUUUUGGAAAAAAAAAUGUUUGUUUUGUAUUUUGUUUUUGUUGUGUACGGUUACUGAAAUUGGUGUCUUGCACAACACGUGUCUGCUUUAGAUAAGAG